ACUGUGUGCAAGCUGGUCAAUGAAAAAAAAAAGAAAUAGCUGGAUUAAUUUUAUUUUUUAUUUUACUAUGUCACUAUAAUGCAUUCUUUUAAAGAGAAAUAAAUAUCCUUCAGUGAUCCAGUCCUGAAAUGCUAAGGUAUGAUGUUAUUUGUCACUCAGCCCAAAAAGUCCUAUUUUUUGAAAACUUUGCCAGAAGAGGGAGAGAGAGAGAGAGAGAGAGAGAGAAAAAAAAAGCAAAUAAUUCUCCCAGCUGCUUCCUGUCUACAGUGUCUGUGUAAAUGUAGAUAAAUGUGAGGAUUUUCUGUAAAUCUCUCUCCUGUUUGCUAAAUCUGUCACUCACUCUUAAAAUCAGAGCAGAUAGCGCCUACCCAAAUGGAACAAAGUCCACUUUAUUGAAAUGUACUGCUCUGAACAAUCUGCCUGGAAGUAUUCAUAUUAUUUUUUAUUUCUCGUUAUCACAGCUAACACUUUCAUUUUCAGACCCUGCACUUAUAAGAAGCAAUGGAAAAUAACAACAACAGUCUUUCAACACAAAUAUUUAAGUGCUACUUUUGUGAUGUCUUAAAGGUAACUCCCUUUCUUGUUUAAUCUAUGUUCUACUGUUUUACUUAAUUUUUAAAUAAUUUUAUGCUUGUUUUGUCUGUUUUGUCUUUUUUUUUUGUGUUGUGUUCACUCCAGCUGUCAAAUAGCUUUGGAUCUGACAGUUAGAAAAAUGCUGAUUGUGCAGUUUGUUAGUGAAGUCUGCACAUUUUUUUUUUGUGGUAUUUCUCAAUUCUAUAAAAUGUGAAUGUUAGCAAAUACUGCAUAUAGCUAUCUACUUUAAACUUAUUAGGAUAUUUUGCAUAUGUGAUUACUUUAUGUUAUGACAACAUACAUGUAUAUUAUGCAGUAACAGGAGCUGAUAGCCAAUGACAUACUGAGCUAUUUUAUUCAGUCAUUGAUUGUACUGCAGUUGUGUUAAUACACCUGUCAAUAUACUAACAAUGUGCACACCUUGAUUGUAAAAGUAAAGAGAUAGAUAAUGCUAGAUCAUGAUUUUCUAUGAAUUACUAGAAUCUACAUACUUUAUGAGUUUGAUUUCAAACUUUAUUUAUAUAAGGGGACUUUUGCAACAAAUGGCCUGAAUUCAUUGUGUUUGUGGGGUCUAUUCACUAAACAGUGAUUUAUGAUGAAUUAAGUAGAAACUUGUAAACUUAAGGCCAAUAUAUAAAAGUUAAAAAAAAAACUGAAAUUAACUUUAAUAUUGCAAGUUAGUUAUGAAAGUGCAACAAGGCAAGUUGAGUAAAUAAACAAACAAGCCCCAAAGUGUGAAAAAUAAUAAACUUAUAAUAAGAUAAAGCAAAGCAUAUUUUCAGUGAAAUAUUGGUAUGCUACAGCAUUCAUCAAUAAAUUGCUCAAAUCGGAUCAUUUACAUUUCCUCAAUGGAUAGAAAAUUCAAAUAUGUAAUGCUACAUACCACUACAUCAGGUCAUUAAACCAGCAUCACUUCUAUAACAUUAAUGCUAGAUUUAACAAUCUGUGCAUUUCACGUUUUCAAGGGUUAAAGUAUUAUGUAACAUCCGCCAAAGGGUUUUAAUUUACUUUUUUUUUUUUUAAUCUUUUUUAAUUGAAAACAUUUUAAGAAUGAUUUAUAUGACCUUUCUUCUAGUUUUUGGAGAUGUUUCAAGUUUCCUUUCUGAGCAGAAAAAAAAGUAAAGGAUUUUUUUUUUUUUUUCUUGAAGGCUGAUGCGAUUUUAACUUUUCUUCUACUAGAAAUGUGUUUAAGCUAUUGGAUCAGACACUUGUAUACACUUUAGGCCCAGUUCAUAAAACAUGUAAUUGGAACGUCUUAUUAGUAAUGUAUGUCAGUGACAAACAUAUACUGUUCCAUCCUGCAUACAGUUGCCAGUGUACCAUGUUUGGUUAAUUUCCUGAUCCAUAUUAGAUGAUGUGAAGUGGGAAAUAUCUUUCUAAUUCUGCAAAUUUAUUUGAAGACGGUUAAUCUUUUUAGUGCAAAUAAUGGGGGUUUACUAAGAAGUGCUACAGUAAAACACGCAAAAGUACUACAGGACAGGGUUGUAUACACAAACGGGUUUAUUCAAAAGACUCUGAAUAUUAGCAAAUUGAAUCUGAAUGUUAAUGUUUAGCCGACAAUAUCAGAUCUGGAAACGUUAUUUAACGCAGCUUCGAUAUUUUAGUCUGAAUUUUACCAUUUGGACGUAAAUCCGCUAUCAUUCAGGGGGGAUAAACCCAAAAGAAUCAUUCUCACCAAAACAUUAUUGAGGUAAACUCAUUGAAAAGUAAGUUCUAGUGAUCUGAGAACCAUCUUGUAACAUUUAGACUAAAAUGGCGCAGUUGAAAUAAAGAGCUUUAUUGCCUUGAAAUUUUAUUGAUUGACAUUAUUUAUUAAGAAAUCUAAAUGGAUAUUUAUUAUAAUCAAAAAAUGGCUUACUCUAUACCGUAUAAAUAGUGCCAUUGACUUAGUUGUGUUAAACUGUAUACAUGUACAAUGUAUGCUAAUUGGUUUGUAUGUUGACUGCUAUAAAUUGAAUUCAAAAUCCACACUACUUUUAUAGUUGACUUUUUUUUUAACUAGUCACAUUGCCUAAUGCUAAUGGUUGUCAUAAUUAUUUGUAUUUUGUUCUAGCGGCAAUUUUAUCCCUCUGUCUAAAUGACAUAUGAAUGAUUCUCCUUUAUCCGUCAGCUCAGUGCAUCUGUAGAACGUGCUGGUAUCUUUUAAAAUAAAUAAACAGACAUAAUUAAUUUGUACAAAAAUUAAGCCAAUUAAAUUGAGUUGAUUUAUGUUCAAAUCAAAUGUGACAUGCAAGUAUAAAGUAUGUGUGCCCUGAGAAAAAGUGUGCCUUAUCGCUAACCAGUCUCUGCGGUUUUAGAAUUUGUACUGAGAAACUGAUUUGAGAAGAUUGAUAAAAUUAUACUUUAUCUGUUUUCUUUGGCAGGUUAAGAUUCACACAAUGUCCUACAUUCAACUCUUCUACCUGGCUCUGUGUCUACUUACCUUAAGCCAUUCUGUAGCUGCUGGUCCAGAGACUCUUUGCGGAGCUGAGUUAGUGGAUGCUCUACAGUUCGUAUGUGGAGACCGGGGCUUCUAUUUCAGUAAGUUCCGUUAUUUUUUUCUUUUAAUGUUUUUUUUUUUUUUUUUUUGCUGUAUUUGUUAGCUAGGCCGUAAUACACAUGGUGUAUUGGGCAAGUAGGUUUACUAAAAAGUUGGAUAAUUUAAAGCAAGAGAACAAUCUUGAAGUGUGUGUAUAAAAUCAUAUUUAUAGUCUGGAGUUGGUUGAAUCUCCUAAACACCUGUAUGGAGGCUUUCGAGACGAUUGAGUGGUAGGGAAAUAUACGUCAUAGUUACACCAGUUUGUCUGUUGCUUAAUCUGAAAUUAAGCAUGACAAUUCAUUUAAGUUUAGAGUACAAAGCCUCAAGGCUUUAGUGAGUACGCACAAAAGAAUUACCGGUUGGGUCUGUAAAAAUAUUGGUUCAAAUAAAAAACGACUGGUCAUAAUUUAGAGGUGGAUCUCAAAAAUCGAAGGGCUAUAACUCCUUUUUAGGAAAAAGAAAUAUAUGAAGAAACAUGAUCAGUAGUGAAAUGUGUAUAGAAACAACCAGAGGGGAGUGAGAGGGGAACGAAGAAUAAAAAAAUAAAGGAGAUUAGGAAAUUCCAGGUAAAAACCUACGCCUAUGGAGAAUAUUUCAACACCGAGUGAGACAUUUGCAUUAGAUUGCCGGGAACUUGGUGCAAAUAGUUGAUUUAUGAGUAAACAUGAAAACAUGUUGCAAUUGUCUCACGUGAUGGACUUGAGCUACUAUGCUUUGUCCUUAGUUUACUAUGGUAAUGAGGCCUCCUCUGUGGCUGGUUCCUAUAUAGCACAAAAAUAUGAUGAGUUGGAAGGGAGUCCUCAGAGCAAAGUCUUUCAAGGUUCCAUAAAGUAUUCACCCACAAUACAUGCUGCACAGAAAGGGAUUGAACUGUUUCACUGAUGAUGGGAAUCUACCAUAUAUACCCAUUGGAGGAGCAGGGGUGUCUUUAAUUAGUGAGAGCCUGGAAGGAAGUCAGACAAAGGUCAACUUUCAUAAAUCUACAUCUAACUGUAGAAGUGAAAGUAGGGUAAAUUUUCACCAUGUAAUGUUUGAUUGCCAGAAAAAUCCAUAUGUGUAAAAUAGGGAGGACCUUAAAUUCUAUUCAAAAGUUGUUCAAUACAUUUGAAGCUGUUGGGUGACUCAUUUCAACAACCUCUGCAGAUGCAAAGUGUACCAGCUUCCCUCCUGGUUUACUUAUACAAGUAUGCAAUAUCUAAAACUCUGAUGAAGGUUAAUUUACGGUUUGUGAAAAAAAGUUGUUGGCAUUUGUAUUUUGUAGUAUAUGGUGCUACACGCCAACUUAUGUCCCGGUAUCAGUGGUAAGAGAAUUUCUGUUUCAAGUCAGGAAUGUGUGUCAUAAAUACUUUAAUACAGACGUGGUGGUGUAUCAAUGGAACCAAAUGUGAAUCUCACCUAAUGCAAGGAAUUAUUGCCAUGGGACUGCUUAUGUUGAAUUUCUUUUAUACAUAUUUUAGUCCUUAUUGUCUACAUACAUUUUUAGGUUAUUUUGUAGGUUGUUAAAAGUUAUUGAUGUGAAGUUAUUGGAUCAGAGCUUUUUUUUCCCCAAAUUGGUGUUUCAUAAUACUUACACUCUCUUGAUCGCACAGUGCUCCAUCUUCGGAUUUUCGGCACCAUGUCAGCCUCAGGGCCUCUGGUUCCUUUAUCAACGAUUCUGAGGCCAGACGCUGAGUCUUUGUGGUUUUUUAUGACGCAGUGUUAAUGCAUCAACGCCAGUGGUGCAAAUUACAUAAAAUUACAUAAUUUGCAACACCCUGUCAUAUUCUGGUUAUUGGAAUAUCAGCUAAUUAGUCACAUGCCAUAAUCAUCUAUACAUAGUCAGAGCUUUCAGAGACCUGUACCCUAUCAUCGUCUGUAAUAGCCCAUCAGUGCAUUCUGUAUGGUAUUCUGGUUUUUGACUUUGACUUUUUUGAAUAUUCUGAUCUCUUGUAUCCUGACCUUAGAUUGUUUACUUGUACCGUCGCUAUUCUAUAUUCUCUUGACCUUGGCUUUAUCGCUGACUAUUCUUAUGUUAUUUUACAUUAAGUCCCGCCACCUCUAAGGACCGGUAAUAUGUACUGUCCUUAGAACUACUCUAUAUUUGCUUGUUGCUUCUGUGUACUGUCAUGACAGUAAGAGUUUUUCACAUCAAAAUAUCGAGCUGUGACAUCUAAUGACUUAAAAUUGCAAUAGUCUCAGUUUUGCUUACAACUAUCUUAUAUAUAUUGCAUAACUCUCUUCAAAAUGCUGUAAAAAAACAGCUGACUUUGCAAAGUUACGUUUUUCUUCAUGUUCCAUUUAAAACACACAUGUACAUUGAUCUUUCUGCUUGUCGGAGCAGUAGCAUUAUAAAGCUAUAUAUAGCCCUCUUUACUAUAGCUCAAAGCCUCCCUCAUGAAAUUGCUACCACUUUGGACACAUGUUAAACUCCAAGCAGGUUCUUUACAUAAAAUACACAGAAACAUAAAGGAACACUUAAAGGGAAACUCCAGUGCCAGGAAAACAAUCCGUUUUCCUGGCACUGCAGGUCCCCUCUCCCUCCCACCCCCCCAAUCCUCGGUGAAAACCCCUUCAGUUACUUACCAGAGGCAGCGACAUGUCCCACGUCGCUGCCUCUUCCUCCACCGCCGCUCCUCCCAGUGAUUAUGUCGCUUGGUGGCGAGACUGAUUCUGCCCACUUGCCGGGGAGACCUAAUGCGCAUGCGCAGCAAUGCCGCGCAUGCGCAUUAGAGCUCCCCAUAGGAAAGCAAUAAAAAUGCUUUUCAAUGCUUUCCUAUGGGGAAAUGAGCGACUCUGGAGGUCCUCACACAGCGUGAGGACGUCCAGCGACGCUCUAGCACAGGUUUUCUGUGCUACGAUGCAGGAAGUGCCCUCUAGUGGCUGUGUAGUAGACAGUCACUAGAGGUGGAGUUAACCCUGCAAGGUAAUUAUUGUAGUUUAUAAAAAACUGCAAUAAUUACACUUGCAGGGUUAAGAGUGGUGGGAGAUGGCACCCAGACCACUCCAAUGGGCAGAAGUGGUCUGGGUGCCUGGAUUGUCCCUUUAAAGCACUUUAGAUGUGUCAUCUUUUUUUAUUUCACAAAAAGUUCAGAUUUAAUCACAAAUUGGUGUAUUUACAAAUUAACCGUGUUACACAUUACUGGCUGUCAAUCAGCAAACAGGUCCUGCUACUUCCUUGUUUGAUUAGCUCACUGGAGCUAAACUCGAGAGGCAGCAGUUGCUCAGAGCACCUGCCUUGCAAAGGUUUCUCAUUAAGAUGCACUGGGAAGUCUGUGAUUGGACAGCCACAGAGAGUAUUGGCUUAGUAAGAAUCGGGGACUAUGAUAUAAAGAAGCUAUAGCUGGGCAGUUUUUUUGUUUUUGUUUAAUAUACAUUUUACAAACAAGGUAUCUCAGUGUGUUGGGUCAUAUAAACACAGGAGGAGAAUUAGUAUCAUUAUAAGAAUAAAUGACAUUAUUCUCCAACAUUUAGUGCAUUCUUUACACACACUUGUUUGAGUUGUAAGAGUGGUUGUGGCAAGGGAGAACCAGGCAACAUAUUUAAUACAAUUAUACUUUGAUUAGUUCUUUUUAAGUAAAUAUCUAAAGAGACAAUCUAUAGUUCUUACAAUAACCUUACUGCAUUUUAUGUAUCUACCGCUAGGGGAGCUAUUGCUACAUGUUGCAAGGAGACGCUGUGUUUUAAUUGUAAUCACUCGUAGCUGCAUGUAUAAUUGUCUUUCAUCUCUCAUCAUACCAUAACAUUAUAAAGCAUUUCCUCAGUUUAAUGGCCAAUAUGAGGUCAUUAAUAUUUUCAAGAAUAUGGCUUUACUUCAGGCCAUAUUCCUUUUGCCAAUAAACAGCCCUGUAUACCCAAAUUCCAGGUAAAGAUGUUCAAGUGCAAGACAAGAUACAAAGCAGCAGAUCUGAAUACAAUUAAUAUGCGGCAUGUCGACAUAUCAAAGUCGAAUGUUACAGAGUCCUUGUGUCUAGUAUGCUAUAAAUAUCAAAGAUCCAACUAAUCUUUAGAUUGACAAGAUAAUGCUGACUUAUCUUAGCAACGGUGCAUUUUGAUAGAGCACGAUCUUUCUUGUUUUGCUGCUACUUAGCAUAAGAUCUAAGGUUGGAGUUAUAUUUAGUCAGCAGUUUGUCAUUGGAAUGUGUAAUUUUAAAUUGAGUAAUUCAGAGCAAGACUGAAAUUGCCAGUGAAUAUUUACGUUGAAUAAUUCCAACGAAAUCUAGUUUGGAUCUUAUAAUACUGUAUGUAUGUUAUAAAUAAUACUAAUAAUAACAACAAAUAAUAAUUUAUUAUUACUCUUGUCAGCAUUUAUAUAGCAGUAACUUAUUCCGAAGCGCUUUGCAACGCUUUAACCCCUUAAGGACACAUGACAUGUGUGACAUGUCAUGAUUCCCUUUUAUUCCAGACGUUUGGUCCUUAAGGUGUUAAAGAGGGAAAUUGAUGUGGUCCUUGCUCGAACAAGCUUCCGAUCUAGAGGAUGAGGGGUAUUAAAAAACAAUAGGAGAGGCAGUAUAGAGAAGAGGAGCCAAGUGACAGGGUGAUAAAGUAGCAGAAUUGGAAUGUGAGUUUGAAAUGGAGAAUUGAUUUACUAAUUAUAGGGACAGUCCAGUCACCAUAACAACGUCAUCCAAUGCUGAUCUGCAGAUCCCCAAGGCCGCAUCUGGCUUCUGAAUCUCAAUUUCAGGAAGCAGGGAGUUCCACCGGGCAGAGGCUCUACUGAAAUAUUUAGAGUGGUCAUCUGCUGCUCUAAGCCAAUCAGUAGCUCCCUAUCGAUUAAAAGGAAACGUACCUGCCUGGCACCACUCCGCACUUCCUGAAACUUAGAUUCAGAAGCCGGAUGCCGCAUGGGGGAUCUGCAGAUCAGGGCUGGAGGCACCCUUUUAGGUUAAGCCAUUCAAGUAUGGUUUAACCCCUUAAGGUAAGAGUGCGCCCAGAGGCCUCCUGGCACCAUAACAACUUAGUUUAGAUGAAAUUGUUAUGGUAACCGAAGUGUCCCUUUCAGUUGAGAAAGCAGGAUAAAGGUUUGAGAAAUGACAAUUACUAUGCCAUAGCAAUUGAUUAAAUGCUCCCACAAUGAAAUGUGUUUAAAAAUUGAUGAUAGCAUACCUCCUGACUUACCAAUUUUUAUUUCCAUUCAAUAAAUUCAGAUUUUACCAUAUAUAAAUUUCACUUUUUCAUUGUCAGCCUCAAAACGCAUAAAAAAAUGUAUGCACAUUUAGACAUGUAGAUUGUGAGAGCACUUUGAAGAGUUACUUUAUUUUCAUAUAAUUUAGACCUUAACUUUCUUGUCACUCUAUGCAAAAUGAACCAUUUUUAAUUUUUGUUAAAUUUAAUCCUUUAGCCAAAUAAAUACUCAUUGUAUUGGUUGGCCAAGUUUAUAUUUCCUGAAAAAUUCAUGGCUGAAAACGUAUGGGCAGUAAAAAUGCUUUGAAUUUAAGAAAAGAAAAAGCUUCUGAGACUUUGCAUGACAUAUCACAUCUGUUCAUGGAAAAACGUAAUGCUGUGUUUCUCUUGACUGUGAAUGUAUUUAUCUGCGUUUGCACUUCGAAAUCUGACAGUUCACAUGGGAAGCUUAAAUUAUGAAUCAUUCCUGAUGGGUUCACAUAGAGGACUCUCCUUUUCUGCAUGGUUUGAUGAAGCACCUGCGCAUCUCCAGAAUGCAUUAUGUUUCAUCCAUUCGAAUACUGUAUCAUGUCAAUUCUCUGUGGUCCUUUGGAAUUACUUUUAAAUUGAUUCAGGGCAAAUAGUUUCUUUUUUUUUUUUCACGUUAUAGUCUGACACCUAUUCCAACAACUUCCACUCCCUCUGUUACAUGUUGAAUAGAAAUAGUAUCUCAUUUAAUUUAUAAAGUGACAGUACAGCUCAUGACGAUAGAACAAAGUGCAGUAGUAGCAGUCACUAGAUUUAAAUUUUUUUAUUUUUUUAAACAGAGUCAUAGUUCUUUAAGGGGACAGUCACCAUAACUAGUAAAAUUCAUUACAUUUCAAGAAGUCUUUGGUAAUAAUCUUCUGCCUUUUUGUUAAACUUUUUUCAAGCCGUCGAAAAGAAAAUGUUCUGUCACCGGCACCCAAGUCAACCCUUUUACAGCUGACUCUCUUCCACUGCUCCCAGCACUCUCAGACUAUCAUUAAGCUUGGACAGAAAAAAAUGAAUUAUAAAUUCUAGCUUUAUGAGGAGCCAGGCUUUGACUGCGUGGAAAUGCCCACAUUUCUAGUUAUUUGUUAGAUCACUCAAAAGCAGCUUAACAGAAAACUGGGUGACAACAACAACAAAUGAAUCGUUGCACCAUAACUUCUACAAUGUGCGCUAGAGCUUAUGGUACUUUGAGGGCCCCUUUAAAUUCCAUGUUAGAUGUAGAUUAGUUUUCACACAAUGUAUUAGGUCAUUUAGAAUGUAGAAGACAAAAAGUGUUAGGUGAUCUUGAGAAGAAGACAAAUAGAGAUCAGUUGUAAUGGCUAUGAACGUGUUUAAUGAUUAUAUAUGGCUAAAUAACUGUUUGAUGAGAGCUAGACUCCCCUUGAUGAUGUUUCAUAUCCCUACCCUUGUUUUUUCUUUACUUUUUCCAAAAGACUUAUGAAUGACAGUAACUCACUGAGACGCAGUUUUAAAAAGCAGAUAGCAAAGAGUUUUAUGCAUGACGCACAGUUGUGGAGCAGAAACUUUAUAGAACAUUCCAUUUGUUUUGCCAUAUUAAAAGAUUUUGGAAAAUUAUGAAUCUUUAAAUACCUGCUUUAGAAUUAUUCUGUUGAUUUAGCGCCUCAACCUGUGAGGGGUUAUAGGCAAAGUACAAGACUGGAUAUGGAAGGAAGCAAGUCUAAUUAAAAGGAAGCAAAAGCUAGUUACAUUAUUAAACAUUUUUGAUAGUCCCAAUAGAGGGAAUGCUAUAAAAAUAGUGAAAUUUCAAAAAUGUAUGCUGUAUAGAAAGAGGACAAAUCUGUGCCAUUAAAUGUGGUAUAGUAUUUGGGCAAGGAAGGAGUUUGGAAAUGUGUACAUUUUGUUAUUACAAUUCACAUGGCAACAGUCAGUCAUUCAGGGUUGCCAGGAUGUCAACCAAAAAACAGCAGUGAGUUUUCCUUCAUUGUCAUUCUACCAGGCGAAAGUUCCAUUUUUAAUUUUUCAUGACUUCAAAAAUGAGUGCUAAACUUGCCCAAGUUACCUGUGCACUUUGAGAUGCUCACCAGUAAAGCCCCCACAAAAUCUGUCUCAAAAGUUGUUUUAAUUUGGCUACAGAAAAUGGAAUACACCUUAUACGGUCUUGUGUGGUUCACUUUAGUUUUAGAUCUGAUGGACAGGGUUAAUGCAUCGGAUUAAAUUUCUUCAAUUUUUAACGUGUUUGCUAAAUUGAGCGGAAAAUUUUGCAAAAAAAUAAUGACAUAAUGUAAUCAUUUAAACCACUGUCAGAUUUAUUCAGAUUUAACACAUUGUUUAGUUUUUCAUUGGCAAACAUAAUUUAAAGAAGCACUUGGCAGGCCCUGUAGUGAUUAUUGGCAUGAGUAUGCAUUGCAUUUCCCUAAGUCUAAAAUACUGAGAAAUACAUUUGAAUUACUCGAAUCCUGGCAAAUUAUUUGAAGUCAAUGAAUGAAACUUUUUGCACAUAGUCAUGUACCUUGGACUGACAUAAUUAACCCCUUAAGGACACAUGACGGAAAUAUUCCGUCAUGAUUCCCUUUUAUUUCUGAAGUUGUGUCCUUAAGGGGUUAAUAGCUGAUUGAGCCCUCAGGCCAACAUAUGCAGCUGACAGAGACCACACAGUUUUUUUUAAUUAAAAUCACUUGUCUUUAUGAUCAUACUCAUUGAACAACUGCAUAGUCAGUGUUUUCAAUAACUUUGAGCUGGUCUUAGAAUUCCCUUAGCACUUGUCGCUAAUCGGUUCAGAAACAUAUACAGUAGAUAUAUCCAGAUGUAUGCAAAAGUUUGAGCACCCUUGAGAAAAUAAUAUGUCUUGUUGAUUUUCUAAAUGAAAAGUUAACAUUCCCCUUUUCAGGAAAAAAACAAAAACCUACAUAUUUCUGCAUAUUUUAGCGCACAGUUGCAAUUUAUAUGUCAAAUUUAUCUGAUUGGAAAACUAAAACAGUGAAAGUGACAUGUGCAAAUGUUUUGGCACCUAUCAGUUUGUACUUAGUAAGACCAUCUUUGUCGGAAAUUACAACCUCCAAAUGGUUCUUGUAGCUAGAGGUGUUGCUAGGCAGCAAAAAAGACUAGAAAAUUCAGCAAAAGGGUACAUUUUAUGGCUGCACCAAUAUAUAUUGAUUUAAAGUGAUUCUGUCACCUCAAACCUACAUUUCUCCUUUUGUUUCCUUAUCUCUUCCUCUUUCAGAACGAUUUAGGUCUUCCUGGAGGCAUGCCUGCAAGAUGAUUGGCCAAUCCAAUGCUCCUUGUAGAGGGAACAAAGGUGCAUGCGCAGCAUAUGGCGAUGCACCUACAAUUCAUCCAUAGAAAAAAUUAUUGUAUUCACUGAUUCUCUAUAGCCUACCGUGGCAGCACUACGCAUGCACAUGUGACAUCGUGAUGUGUUAUCGUAUGAGCGCCAGGAAGUAAGGUUCUCAACUCUGAUACGCAGAGGGCCUGGAGCUGUGGCUUGAAGCCAUGUUUACAAGCACAGGGUGUCCAGCUUUGAUGACAUUGCAACAACUUCAGUGAGAAGAAGUUGUUAAAGUGCCUCCAGUGUUCCUGACAAAGCAUUAGGGGAGGUGUAAUCCACAACAUCUGGAGUGCCGUAGGUUGCCUACCUUCGGCCAUAGAUUAAGUUGUGUGUGUAUAAGCACCACUUAUGUCUAGAUAGGAAUAGGCACCAUUUAUGUCCACUUAUGUUCCUCAAAUUGUAAGUCCAUACUAAAAAAUAAUAAAAUAUAUUGAACUGAGGUGGGGCAUUGUUUGUAUUUGUGUGGAGAUGAUAUCAACCGAGAGAAGAAAGGUGCCCACCUCCUUAUGCUACAUACAGUUGUGCUCAAACGUUUGUAUACCCUUGGAGAAUUGGUAAUAUAUGUACCAAUUUUAAAGAAAACAUGAGUAAGCAGGCAAAACACAUUUCUUUUAUUUCUUAUGGGAUUCAUAGUCAACUGCAGGUUAUAACAGUAUGGAACAAUUAUAAAACAAAACAUGGCAACAGAAAAAGAAAAAAAUGAAAUGACCCCUGUUCAAAAGUCUGCAUGCCCUUAGUUCUUAAUACUGUGUAGCAUCAAUGCCUACAUGCAGUCUUUUGUAAUAGUUGUCUAUGAGGCCUCUAAUUCUUGCAAGUGGUAUAGCUGCCCAUUUGUCUUGGCAAAAUGCUUCCAGGUCAUGCAAAAUCUUUGGUCGUCUUGCAUGAACCACACAUUUGAGAUUUACCCAGAGUGGCUCGAUGAUGUUAAGGUCAGGAGACUGUGAUGGCCACUCCAGAACCUUCACCUUUUUCUGCUGUAACUACUGGAGGGUCAACUUGGCCUUGUGCUAAGAGUCAUUGUUAUGCUGGUAAGUCCAAGAGGUGUCCCAUGCGCAGUCCUCAUGCAGAAGAAUGCAAAUUGUCUCCCAGUAUUUUCUGAUAACAUGCUGCAUUCAUCUUGCCAUUAAUUUUCACAAGGCUCCCCGUGCUUACACCCUCUCACCCCCCUCUAAACAUCAGUGAGCCACCACUAUACUUCACAGUGAGAAGUAUAGGCUUUAUGUUUCUUUGUAUCUCAAGCAAUUCUUCUGGCAGUUGUGGCUGAAACCUUUGUUGGUCUACCUGACCUGUAAUAAAUGAUUGAACAAUACUGAUUGGCAUUUUCAAGGCUUUGGAUAUCUUUUUACAUCCUUUUCCAUCAUUAUAAAAUUCCAUUACCUUGUUAUGCAGGUCUUUUGGCGGUUCUUCUCUGCUCCCCAUGGCUCAGUAUCUAGCCUGCUCAGUACAUCCAUAUGAGAGCUAACAAACUUAUCGACUAUUUAUACACCGACUCUAAUUGCAAUAUAAAAAGCCACAGGUGUGGGAAAUUAAUCUUUAAUUGCCAUUUUAACUGGUGUGUUUCACCUUGUGUGUCUGUUACAAGGCCAAACUUUCAAGGGUAUGUAAACUUUUGAUUAGGGCCAUUUGGGUGAUUUAUGUUAUCAUUAUGAUUUAAAAAGGAACCAAACAACUAUGUGAUAAUAAAUGACCUCAUGUGAUCACUAUCCUUCAAUAAAUUACAUGUUUUUGCAUGAUCAGUCAUAUUUAAACAAUCAAUGUCACACUUUGUGCUUGGGUAUGCAAACUUUUGAGCACAACUGUACAUAUUAAGGAAAAGCAGGCUUGAAUUUUAAAAGGGAUGAGAUUGGCCAAAACACUCUGGAGAUGACAUAUCGUUGAAUGAGUUGGGCAAAACUAUUCCCCACUUCCAAGAGCAGAAAAGAUUACACCAAGACCCUAUGUCCAACUUGGAGACUCCAGGCCAAACCAGUUCCUAAUCGGAGUGCUCUCUCGAGACUGCAUUUCGUGAACCACGAUCUAACCACAGGCAAACAAAAUCUUUCACGCUCAUUUCAAGCUCAUUUGAUAUCAUGUUCUACAUUUUUGGAAUAUAUAAAUCAAUAUUGAAUAUAUAUAUACAUAAAUGUAUACAUAUAUAUUACCUUAUAUAAUAAGCAUAUUAGAAAUUAAGCAAAUAAGGAAUGAAAGCUAGUAUUACAUCUUUUUGUGUAAGUUACAGUAAUGUUUUAAGUGAUUACCAAGAAAUGUAAUAUAGCAAUUAUAAAACUACCAGCAUUGAAGUUGGAAAACCAGCUGGAAUCAAAGAGAUGGUUUCUGUAUCCAAUUUUUAUUAAAGAUAUUUCAUGUUGUUUAUAUAUAAAUUAAUUUACCUUGGCCUAUGUUACUUCUUUCCUAGAAAAACUCUGCUUCCUAGGACCGAACAUCGUCUGCCAACAAAAAUAUAAGAUUAUACUUUUGUGAUUGCUUUGAUUGAGCAAACGUUCACCUAGGACUCGUAGGAUUUGUAGUUCAGCUCAGCUUUAGACGUUUAUUUUGACUGCUUUUCCUGACAUAGACAUGUAAGAAAACAUUAAAAUAGUGGCAAUCUUUAAAGUACAAGUUGGCUAAAUUCCAGACAAUUAUUUUUACAUUAUAUCAUAAAAGUAGAGACCUAUAUAGGAUCUUGCUUCCAGUAAAUCUGUUUUCUAGUAUGAUUUGAGCAGACAUGUAUGGUGCAGUGAGAAAGAACAAUGGUUUAAGUUCUCAGCAAGUAGCAGUUGUGGAACUGCUAGCUCCAUCACCCUAUGUCUAGCAGGGCAUUUAUUUGAGAUAACAGAUGACCUCUAAGUUAAUUAUGAAAUCAAGAUUUAUUUGGAAUUCUGCUUCUUUGAAAAAUGUCCUCAUUCAAAGCGUGAGGUUGUCCAGAGUCGUGUGAAUUGAGAAAGUGCAUCUAGUGCGAAAAAUGGCACCACACCCAGACCAUUUCAAUGAAAUGAACUGCCUUUAGUGUCCUUUAAUAUAAAUUUCCACCUACUGCUUAGUUGCAGAUUGAGUUGUGGAUAACUGUCAGCAGUUAGUUGUUUAGUGGUUAUGGUGCAUCGUGACAUGCUGAGAGCACUAGGCUAGCCCUCUAACAGCGAUAUAAGAUGAUUAUUGUUGUACGCUCAUAGACUCACUGCCCAAUCCCCACGUUUUCUUUCUUUUGUAUUCUUUUUUUUAAAUCAAUCUUCCAAUUUUAAUAAAUAUCAUUUUGUUUGUAUUCAUAAGCCGCUUGCCAGAAUCAGAAUUAGUUAAAUAGCUCAAGUUUAUUCUGUUGAUCUUGACCGGUUCAACAUUUAAACCCAAUACACUUCUCCACCCAUGUUUAUUCUUCCCGAUAAUCUAAAAAAACUAUGAAAUAUCUGUAUUUGGUUAAAAAAUUUUUUUUUACUAUAUUCAUUAUUUAUUCCAAAAAUAUGCAUGUUUACAGUUAAAGGUUUACAUAGCUCUGUAAAAAAUGUAAAUCUAAAAUCCAUUCUUUUUCGCAUUGAUGUUUCUUUAUCUUCUUAAAGUUUGGUAUCUGAUUUUUAAUAGAGUGUGUCAAAUUAAAGUUAAGCACAUACUUGGAAUUCACUUCCAAUCUGCAUGGCAUUAUAAAGGACUAACAUCACAGCUGUGUCAAAAAGAACAUUGGAAACCUGUUAUAUUUCAUUUGGCAAAAGUACAAAGCCAUUUCUAGAUGUUUAUACUGAUAAAAACAUCACAAACAUUAGACAAAAUAGACAUUUACUUGGAAAAGCAUUAUUUAUAUUCUUAACAUUAGGAUUUAGUUUUUUUUAUGUUGCUUACAUUCUCUCCCCAAGUUAGACCAUGACUUAUCCUUAGCCAGAUGUCUGUAUUUUCAAGAUUUUUUGUUUCCUCCUGAACCCAUUGCAGCCCAUCUACUAAAUCAGUGCUUCUUAACCUCGUUUACCAUACUUACCUUACGUGCAUGACCAAUUCUUGGAGAUCUAUUCUUGAAUUUAACAAUUAUCUUACAAGUCCAUUCUUAAAUUCUAAUAUAGUAAAUAUUCACAUUUUGGACUUUUCUACAUAGUUUGUUUUUUGUGUCAAUCUGUGUUUUUAUUGGGGUUAAAUUGACUUAUGCACUAUCCCAAAUCUCUAUGCAUAUUUACAUAACUCUAGGUUUUUAGUACCACUUCAUACCAAAGUUUCCCUCCAGGGGGAGCAUUCAGAAUGGAUCAGUAGGUAUAGGGUAGCAGGGGCUCUGUGUCUACCUGCAUGCCGUUCCAAGGGUAAUAGAGAGAAGCCAGCCGACACCCUGUUUAAGUAGACCUGGUGAGUAUGUGUACAGUCUGCUAUCAAACUGUGGGGGGCACCCCACCAGCCCCAGACACGAAAGUGGACCCGCACUGCUCCUCCAAUAUACCCGCCAAGGCCAGAUCGCCGUCCACUCCUCCACGCUGCAAAGUAACGUAGAUUGUGUGGUAUAGUCCGCAGUAGAUAGCCUGUGGUUCCGCGUUGCCAUAAUACGGCAAGUCUUGGCCCAAGGCCUUUACGGGGGCCCUUGCCUUGUAUUCAUUGAUCCCCUCAUCAGGAUCGUUGGCCCAAGAGUUCUCCGGGUGACUUUUCCUAUUGUUACGGCAGUGAUGCCACAAUAAACUAUUUAAUGAACUAUUAACUAAUUAACUAAUGAAGACCAAAAUGUAUCACUAUUAUCUGAAAUACUCAGAGGGCUGUUCACUAAAUGCAGAACGUUGGUAAAUUAAGCUUCAGUUAUCAAAAUAAGUCUGUUUAAUUAAUGUUAGUAAUGUUUAACUCAUUCUGCUACAAGGCAAAUUUGAUUUUAUAUCAGCUAUUUUUACUGUCAUUCAUUUGAAAUUCAGUUGUCUGUUGAAAUCAAGCCAAAUCUCCAUGUAAAGUGACCAAUUUUUGGUAUUACCAAACUGAAUUAUUUUUAUUUGUUUGAUACUGACCAGGGGAAUCGGACCCAUGGCUCUAAGUUUCCAUAACACACUCUCCAACUGCCAUUGACCAUUAACAAUACCCUACCACUAAACCCACCACCAGACUUGUGCCUUAGCAGUGUCCUACAGUUUACUCUCUUUUGUGUGUUUUGAAGUGUUAUGACAGUGUGUUUGUAAUACUUAUUUUGUAAUAUUACUUUAAUUGGAACUCAACUGCAGCAUUUCUUGGUUGCAACAACAAUAAGGUUCACCUCCUUUUAUAUUGGUAUGAAAUUAUGGUCACUGUACCUUUAAAUAUCCAUAUAGGUAAAUUUAGGCUUUGUAGCAAUCCCUUAUGAGAAAGAGGAAUAAUUAGACAAAGUGACACUUUAGUGAGUUUUAGAUACUGUGUAAUAUAAAUAAUAGUAAUUGACUUGUUUGGUAAAAGUAUUACUUAACUUAAAGGCAGUUCUGGCACUGGAAGGGUUAAUUCACCCAAUGAAGGAGAAAUUAGAAGUCCGUUUCAACAAGCUGAGAACUAGGAGUGGAGAGUGGGGAAGUCUGUUUUAACAAGCCGAGGUCUGGGAGUGGAGAAGGUAGAAUUCAGAGUUACAAGCCGAGGUCUAGGAGUGGAGAAGGUAGAAAUCCGUUUACAAGCCGAGGUCGAGAAGUGGAGAAGGUAGAAAUCCGUUUACAAGCCGAGGUCGAGAAGUGGAGAAGGUAGAAAUCCGUUUACUAGCCGAGGUAUAGAAGUGGAGCAGGUAGGAUCAGAAGUAGAGCAGCUGAUCUUCAUGCAGCACCUGUGCGAAUAAUCCAGCCCUUUGAAUCUGGCGCGGUCCUCCUAAGUAUCGUGGAGGGACCGCGUCAGAGAAAGGGGCGGGGCUGAGCGCCGUGAACCCGGAAGUGGGUUCCGGCGAUAAAUUACAUGCCAUGCUAUACCUGACAGUACCCCCUUCCCAUGGGGCAUCCUCUGGGUGCACUAUUUCGGUUUGGAGGGAUAGCGUUUGUGAAAGGCAGUAACUAACCUCCUAGCAUGUACAUUAGAUGAAUCUUCCCAAGUGUCUUCAUCAACUCCAUAACCUUUCCAUCUGAUAAGGUAUUGUAAGGAGCCACGGUGGACACGAGAAUCCAAAAUUUUGUGAAUUUCAUAUUCUUCUUCACCUUGGACAAUGAUAGGUUCAGGAGUUGUUACUAUUUCCCUAUAAAAAGGAUCAGGGAUGUGUGGUUUAAGUAAGGAGACAUGGAAUACUGGAUGAAGUUUAAAACUUGGAGGAAGUUUUAGUUUAACAACGUUAUCAUUAAUGAUAGUAAUUACUUGAAAGGGACCAAGAAAAAGAGAGCUCAAUUUCUUUGAAGGACGGCUUGUGGUAAUAUUCCUUGAAGAGAGCCAGACAAGAUCCCCUACCUUGUAAGGAGGGGGAAUUCUUCUAUUAUUGUCAAAAAACUUUUUCUGGUUAUUUUGGGCGAGUUGAAGAUUCUCCCGUAAUUUGAAAAAUAGAGAAGACAUAAAUUCAUUUUUUGAUGUAACAGUAGGAUUGGAUGAAGUAAUGGUUUGGAUGGGGAAUGAAGACGGAUGAAAACCAUAGUUGGAGAAGAAAGGAGUCAUUUUCGUACUAGAAUGAAUGGUAUUAUUGUAAGAAAAUUCGGCCAUAGGUAACCAUGUGGUCCAGUCAUCUUGGAGGUAUGAACAAUAACAUCGAAGAUAUUGUUCCAAACAUUGGUUAACCCUUUCUGUUUGCCCAUUAGUUUGGGGAUGAUAAGCGGAAGAGAGUUUGCGUUGAAUUUGAAGGGAGAGACACAUCUCUUUCCAGAAUUUGGAGGUAAAUUGUGUCCCCCUAUCAGAAAUAAUUUCUUCAGGAAGACCAUGAAGUUUCACAAUAUUGUCAAUAAAGACCUUAGACAAUUCUACAGAGGAGGGUAAUUUUUUUAAGGAAAUGAAAUGGGACAUUUUUGUGAAGCGAUCCACAACGACAAGAAUAGUGGUGAAAUGUUGAGAAGGUGGAAGAUCAACGAUAAAAUCCAUAGAAAUGGAUUGCCAAGGUUUUUCUGGAAUAGGUAAGUUAAGUAGUAAUCCAAAAGGUUGAUUAUGUUCUGGUUUAGACCUUUGACAGAUAGGACAUGUUUUGACAUAUAAUGCAAUGGUUCUAUCCUGGCGAGGCCACCAAUAAUAUCGUGAAGUUAGUUCAAGUGUUUUCUUUAUUCCAGGAUGUCCAGCUAGGGGGGAAUCAUGAACCAUCUUAAGUAAUUUAUUCCUAAGAAUGGGAGGAAUAUAAAUUCUAUUUUUAAAAUAAAAUAGACCAUCCUUUUUUGUUAGUAUAGGUGUUUUGGGAAGUUCAAGAUCCUUCUGAUUCAAAUUCUUUAUGUCAUCAUGAAGAGAAGAGAGGAUUCCUAUUAUUUUGGUAGAAGGAUAAUCAUCAGUAGUAGUUUUAGAAGGAAUUCGAGAAAGAGCGUCAGCCUUUUUAUUUCUAUUUCCAGGUCUGUAUAUUAAUUGGAAGUUAAAUCGGUUAAAGAAUAGGUUCCAUCUAACUUGUCUAGCUGUAAGGGUUUUGUUAGUAUAGAGAUAUUCAAGAUUUUUAUGGUCAGUAUAAACUAUUAUAGGUUGUUUUGUAUCUUCCAGAAGAUGACGCCAAUUUUCGAAGGCAGCUUUAACACUUAAUAAUUCUUUUUCACCAAUAGGAUAAUUUUUUUCAGCAGAGCUCAAGGAUCUUGAAAAAAAGGCAACUGGAUGAAGUGGAUCUUGUGGAGUCUUUUGUUGAGAAAGAACUGCUCCGAUGGCUGCAUCUGAUGCAUCAACUUCAAGAACAUAUAGGAAUGUUGGAUUAGGUAGUUGUAGAAUAGGUGCAGUUGUAAAUCUUUUUUUUAAUUCGUCGAAGGCUGUUUGAGCAUCUUUAUUCCAAUUAAAAGGACGUUUACUACUGUUGAGGAGGUUAAGAGGAUGUGAUACAUCCGAAUAGUUUCUAAUAAAUUUUCUAUAGAAGUUUGCAAAUCCAAGAAAACGUUGUAAUUCUUUUGUAGUAGUAGGAGCAGGCCAAUCAAUAAUACAUUUGAUUUUGGAAUUAUCCAUCUUCAAAGAAUGAGGUGAAAUAAUGUAUCCUAGAAAAGAGAAUUCAGUAACCUCAAAAAGGCAUUUUUCUGGUUUAGCGUAUAAUUUAUGAGUUCUCAGUCUAGAUAGAACCCAUCUAACAUGUUUCCUAUGUUCAUCCAAAUUGUUAGAAUAUAUUAAGAUAUCAUCUAAGUAGAUAAUAACACAUACAUCCAGAAGAUCUCUAAAGAUAUCAUUGAUAAAAUGUUGAAACGUUGCAGGGGCAUUACAGAGCCCGAAAGGCAUCACUAGAUAUUCGUAGAGACCAUAUCUUGUCCGGAAGGCGGUUUUCCAUUCAUCAUCCUGUUUUAUUCUAAUGAGGUUAUAUGCGCCUCGAAGGUCGAGUUUAGUGAAUAUAGUUGCAGUUCUUAACCUUUCAAUUAAUUCAUUUAUUAGUGGAAGAGGAUAACGAUUUUUAAUAGUUAUUUUAUUUAAGGCUCUGUAAUCUAUAAUAGGACGGAUGGUUUGGUCUUUAUUCUUCACAAAGAAGAUACUAGAAGCAGCAGGAGAGGUCGAGGGUCUGAUGAACCCUUUGCGUAAAUUUUCAUUAAGAUAUUCUUUUAAAAUUUCUAACUCCUUUUCAGAGAGUGGAUAAAUAUGACCAUAAGGAAUAGGAGCUCCGGGUAUGAGAUCUAUUGGGCAAUCAUAUACCCGAUGAGGAGGAAGUGUUUCCGCUUCUUUUUUACAAAAGACAUCUGCAAAAUCGGAGUAGAAUGGAGGUAUAACUGGUUCUACAGUAGUUUGGAGAAUAGGAAUGUGUUGUAAGCACGUUUUUUUACAGAAAUCAGAAGCAAAGGAGAUGGAGAAGGGAGACCACUUAAUUAAAGGAUCAUGGUUUUUUAACCAAUUAAUUCCUAGAAUGACGGGAUAAAGUGGAGAUUUAAUAAUAUCAAAUGUAAUGAAUUCGAAAUGUACGUUGUUGGUAAUCAUUCUUAGAGGGAUUGUUUCAUCUUUGAUGGGUCCUGAGGAUAUAAAUGAACCGUCAAUAACUCUGAUUGGAAUAAAAUUGGUUUUUUGAACACAAGGAAUUUUAUUUUUUGAAACAAAAGAAAAAUCAAGAAAAGUUCCAUUAGCACCAGAAUCAAUGAUGGCCUCAGUCACGAUUCUUUUUGUAUCCCACUGUAAUAUGAGAGAUAUAGAAAAAUAAGUAGAUGCUUUUCUUUUUUGAAAAACGUUCAAUAUAGAGGUAGAUGAAUGAAGCUUACCACCUUUUGAAUGUUUCAGUAGAGGACAUUCGGAAAUUAGAUGUUCAUUCGAAGCACAAUACAUACAUAAGUUUAGUUGUCUCCUUCUUAUUCUUUCUUCAGAAGUAAGAGGACUUUUUAUUAUACCUACUUCCAUAGGUUCAGUUUGUGGAGGAAUUUUUUCAGGUAGUUUUAGAGUAGUGAAAGGUUUUCUCCAGGUAGAAUUAGUAAGAACCCUUUCAGCUUUUCUUUCUCUUAGACGUCUAUCAAUACUGAUAGACAGUUGAAUCAAUGCAUUUAAGGUAGGAGGAAGUUCUGUACGAGAGAGUUCAUCUUUCACAGCUUCAGAUAAUCCGAGACGGAAUUGAUUGCGUAAAGUAAUGUCAUUCCAUUGGGUUUCUGUAGCCCAUCUUUUGAAUUCUGCAAUAUAAUCUUCAACAGGUCUAUUCUUUUGGUGUAAUGUUCUGAUGGUUAAAUCAGCAGUAGUUUGUUUAAAAGGAUCUUCAUAUAAUAAAGACAUAGCUUCAAAGAACUCAUCCAAUGAAUCCAAUAUGGGAUCAUCAUUUUCCAAAAAGGAAUGGGCCCAUGCCAUAGGUUCACCUCUUAAAAAAGAGAUCACUGAACAGACUUUGGAUCUUUCGGUGGGAUAAGAUCUAGGUUUUAAAGCAAUUAAUAGUUUGCAAGAAUUCAAAAACUCUCUGUACUUUGUUCUAUCUCCAUGAAAUUUUUCUGGAUUACAGACAGCAGGAUCACCAGCCGAUUGAAGAGCGGCAUGAGGAAGAUGACCUUGAAUGUCUCUAACAUAGGUUAAUAUUCUCUCAUUUGUAAUUUGCAGUUCCUGUAACCCUUGAGCAAUCGUAUCCACUCUAUUGGUUAGGGCAGAAACUUGAGAGUUAAUAUCUGCUGGUUCCAUUGAAAAGGCUGGAUUAUUCUGUAAUACUUAUUUUGUAAUAUUACUUUAAUUGGAACUCAACUGCAGCAUUUCUUGGUUGCAACAACAAUAAGGUUCACCUCCUUUUAUAUUGGUAUGAAAUUAUGGUCACUGUACCUUUAAAUAUCCAUAUAGGUAAAUUUAAGCUUUGUAGCAAUCCCUUAUGAGAAAGAGGAAUAAUUAGACAAAGUGACACUUUAGUGAGUUUUAGAUACUGUGUAAUAUAAAUAAUAGUAAUUGACUUGUUUGGUAAAAGUAUUACUUAACUUAAAGGCAGUUCUGGCACUGGAAGGGUUAAUUCACCCAAUGAAGGAGAAAUUAGAAGUCCGUUUCAACAAGCUGAGAACUAGGAGUGGAGAGUGGGGAAGUCUGUUUUAACAAGCCGAGGUCUGGGAGUGGAGAAGGUAGAAAUCCGUUUACAAGCCGAGGUCGAGAAGUGGAGAAGGUAGAAAUCCGUUUACAAGCCGAGGUCGAGAAGUGGAGAAGGUAGAAAUCCGUUUACAAGCCGAGGUCGAGAAGUGGAGAAGGUAGAAAUCCGUUUACUAGCCGAGGUAUAGAAGUGGAGCAGGUAGGAUCAGAAGUAGAGCAGCUGAUCUUCAUGCAGCACCUGUGCGAAUAAUCCAGCCCUUUGAAUCUGGCGCGGUCCUCCUAAGUAUCGUGGAGGGACCGCGUCAGUGAAAGGGGCGGGGCUGAGCGCCGUGAACCCGGAAGUGGGUUCCGGCGAUAAAUUACAUGCCAUGCUAUACCUGACAGUGUUGUAAUUGGCAUAAACAGUUCCGGAGGUAGUUGGAUUAAAAUAGUUUUUAAAUCUCCUUGAAAAAAGAAACACAAUACAAAUGUAACUGUAUGUGUGUCUCAUGGUUUUUAGAUGUUCAUAAGUCCCAAGAGCUUGUCGUCUACCUCAUUAUGCAGUGUAUUGUUGUUGAUGGAGCUGAACUUGAAACUGUGUUUUCAAGAUCCUAAAGAUAAAACCAUGUUAAAGGACUGACCCACAUGUGUAUAGAUACAACGAAAAUAUUCUGUCAUUAAUGUUUAGUUUUUCUCUAUUACAUUUUGAAAAAUAUCCUUAUCACAUUAUGGUGUAUAUUUAUCGAAUGGGGUUUUAUUGUAACUCACCUGAAAUAAUACAGUAAUCCUUAUUUCAGUAUUAUUCUGUGGGCUAUAACCUUUGAUAUAUCAUCCCAAUGGAAAAACACAAUGUGUGUUCUGCAUUGUGGGUUGUUUUCCAUGCCAGCUCAUUUUGACUUUUUUCUGACCUCCAGAACGGAUGAAUUGGUUUUCAAUGCAUUCUUAUAGGACAACGUGUUUCGGUUUACAAAUGUUUUGCAAUAACAAACGUCCCGGAGAACGCAUUAAAUUCGUAAACCGAGGUCCCACUGUAUUGGGAAACUCGGACUUUCUAGAUAAAAUUUGUACAUUGAGCUGGUUUUAUGUUUUCACUAUAUAAAUGGUUUACUUAUUCCGUAUUAUUCUUUAUAUUAAUUUCAUAUUUCUUAUUCCAUGUACUGUGCCUCAACCCGCUAAAAUCCUAGCCAGGAGUAUAUUUACAGUAAUGCAAAAUGCUACUUGGUAUCACGAGGUAUGGUCUCUGUAACUCCUCUUCCUCUUAGUUAUGAAACAUUCUCUAAUGGUGACUGUUUCAUUGUCCGUUAAACAUAACAAUACAAUUUGUUUUACAAAUUAUAUUUGAUAUACCUUCCAACAAUGAGAGGUGGCAUAGGCAGGUCGGCAAACCAGAAUUCGUCAUCAACAAUUGGUGAGCCUUCCCAUAAAGUGGUGUUUUAACCUGCCAUGUGUGCAUAGCAGGCUGAGAGACAGAUUCUGUGGCCAGCUCAACUCAUUGCAAGCCAUGUGCAGUCCACUCCUGAAGCACCCUUCUGAUGGACUCGAGGUUACUGAGCACAGUACAAGCACAUCUAAUGAUGUGCUUGCACUACCCUGAUGUCCCUAGCUGAUGGACACCAGAGAGCUAAACUAGGUCAGAACCUCAAAUUCAGGAACCAUCCAGGCAAGCCUAGGACACAUGGAAAAUAUGAUUUAACCAAUAAGAAACAAUUAUGUGAAAUUAAAAUAAAUCAUACCUCAAUAAAAAAGUAUAUAGGCUAGAACUGGGAAAACUGUAAACAGGACCCUGAAUAUACAUAAAGUGUUUGAGAAUGGCAAGUUUUAUAACAAGCAAAUGGACUGUUUCUUCUUUGUAUGGACUUGACCCUGAAGAUGAAGAAGAAGAAGAAAAGACUAGAUGAAGGGUAGAAAGUGUAAAUAAGAUUGUUCCGAUUUCAAAGGCUUGAUUAUCCAAUCAGACAAAACAAAGAAGCUCCGAUAGAAAGGGAAAGAAAAAGUUCAAAAACCGUGCAUCAGUGAUUAAUUUGAAAACUAUUUUUUCCCAUCUGUUAAAUUUCUAAUCAACAGCCUCUUCAUGAGGAAGUUAUUUUGAUCUGCAUAUUUGAAGCUUAUUUUUAUAGCCAUUCUCUUAUUUUCCAAUAGAUAUAUUUUGCUUGGCAUAGGGGAAUUAGUGACUCAUUGGAGGGAUUUAGCGGAAAGCUACUGAAAAUGAAUUUCAAUCCCUCGAGAGUUCACACUGUAAGAUGAUAUUGACAUAAAAUUGCUUCUUCUUAUUUGGUUAAACGAUGUUUAACAUUGGCGGGAGGCCAUCUUUUUUUAUUGCGUCCUUUGAUUCUGAAAAUAUUUAGACACUCAAUAGCAGCAUACAGGUGGAGGAUUUUUGACACUUAAUUUUUAAUCCAACUACCAUUUAUUUUUUAUCAUCAUCCCUGUCGAUGCUCAAUUUCCAUCCUCGCAGUGAGACAGGAAAUCCCCAUUGUGUCAUUUUCCAUAGUUUCCAUCAGUAAUUCUGUAGAUGGAAUGCAACGUUGAGACAUUGAGCUGUAACACUGGUAUUUUUCCACCUCACACUGCAUGUUUCUUAGAAUGGAGAAUAACGUUUUACUGAAGCAGAAAUUAUUUAAAUUGCAGUUAGAUGAUCCUUUUAAACCAGUGGUUAUUUUUUUUUUUUUAGUGAGAUGCAAAUUUAUAAACACAGCACUAGCUUGGUGACCCAAUUUCCAAUUGUAAAAUUAACUAAAAGACCCAUUCUUUGAUUUUAUAAUUCAGUUAAACACAUCCAGUGAAAACAUCUUCCAUCCAUUAUAGUCACCAAAACAACUUUACCUUAAUGAAGCAAUUUUGGUUUAUAGAUCAUGCCCCUGCUGUCUCACUGCUCAAUUCUCUGCAUUUAGGAGUUAACUCACUAUGUUAAUGCAUCCCUAGGAACACUUAUCUGCAUGUGAUUUACACAGCCUCCCUAAACACUUCCUGUAAAGAGUCAUCUAAUGUUUCCAUUAUUGCAAAUUCUGUUUAAUUUAGAAUUUUUUAUCUCCUGCUCUGUUAAUAGCUUGCUAGACCCUGCAGGGGCCUCCUGUAUGUAAUUAAAGUUCAAUUUAUGGAGCAGGAGAUACAAAACUUUUAAAGUAAAUGAAACCAUUUUGUUUGCAUGCAGGCUAUGUCAGUCACAGCGAGAAGAGGUAUAGCUAGGGCUGCAUGGACAGAAACAAAAGUGAUUUAACUCCUAAAUAGAAGUGAAUUGAGCAGUGAUACUUCAGAGGCAUGUCCUAUACACAAAAACUACUUCAUUAAGCUAAAGUUGUUUUGGUGACUAUAGAGCCCCUUUAAACAGUUAAGAGUAUUCAUUGUAUUAAAGGGACACUCCAGGAACCCAUACCACUUCUGUCCAUUGGAGUGGUCUGGGUGCCAACUCGCACUACCCUUCACCCUGCAAGUGUAAUUAUUGCAGUUUUUAUAAACUGCAACGAUUACCUUGCAGGGUUAAGUCCUCCUCUAUUGGCUGUCUUGCAGACUAGAAAGACUUCAGGGUUCUUUGAACACGAAAAGUGUUUUAAACGACGCUGGACGUCCUCACUCUAUGCAUGAGAACCUCCAGCAUCGCCGGAAUCCCCAUAGGAAAGCAUUGUAUAAUGGAGCCUGACCCAAGGCCGAGGGACAUCGGGGCUGGAUUCAGGUAAGCAACAUCGGAUGGGGGGUGGGAGGGAAAGGGGGUCCUGCAGUGCCAGGAAAACGGACAUGUUUUCCUGGCACUGGAGAGUUCCUUUAAGUAUAGCGAUAAUGCCACAGUAUACCAUGUAAAGCUUAGCCAACCAAUGGGAACUUAAUUUUGUGUCCCUAAACAGGAGUUGAGAAUAAUUGCUCAUAUCACAAUUUCAAUUAUGUUCAGCAGAAGCACUUUAAUUUUUAGUACGGAUUAGUGUGCCAUAAACUGGGAAAGGUGAGUAACACUUUUUUACUCACAUAAGGCAGUUCAUAAGUUCUCGGAUAAACCAACCCAAGAUAACAAGCAGAUCUUUUGCAUUCUGCAUCAUCAAUUUAAAAGAAGGGCCUCACAGCUCCUUUAGGAGGAUUUAUAAUUGGAUAUUGUAACUGCAGUACCAGACAUAUUUUAUUUAAUAUCUAUAUGGAUUACGUGUAACAUAUAUACAGCAUAUUUCCCUCCCUGUUUAUAUAUCUCAUAUAUAUUGUGAUAUCACAGUAGUUCAACAUUAUAUUCAAAUUGAGAUCUUUAUUAUUCAAGAUCAGGUGAUUAGGUUUCCUGAUUCUGCUUGCUCAGUUAGUCUCAGGAUACUUAUAAAACACAUAUUUCAAGUGCUCUUUUUCUCACAAGGAAAAACACCAACUCAUCUUUUCACAUACAGAGCAAAAAAUCUUAUGAAUAGCAAGCUUUUAGAAUAUACCAGGAGUUCUAGAUGAGUAUUUCACUUCUGUGUUGCCUCCUAAUAUUUUGGCAUUGUUUAAUACAUUUCCAAUAUGUGUAGUGCUCUAAUUAUCUUAAUAUUUCGUUCAGGUGUUAUAACUAGUAUACCAUCAUCUGGCUCUUCUUUGGAUGGUUUUGUUAUUCUUCCUCGGUGGCUACAAUAUUAUCUAAUUGUUGAUUUUUAGCACAAAAGUUGACCCAACUGCUUGCAAAACUUGAACAAUUAUUGUAUUAAUACAUUGACUUUGUGCAUAUUUUGUCAAAACUAUGAUGGUUUGAAAUAACUUUUGUAGGUUUGUUGUAACAGUCCCCACCAUGUUAGAUCUUUUGAAGUAUUCUACCAGCACUCGAUCUCGUUAUCCAUAUCUGAUCUUUAACUUUCGCUCAUCAACAAAAAAGUUUAGUUUACCUGCUUAUCAUGUGCUGGAUUUGAAAACUAAAACUGGAUUGGACUGUUAUUCGGAUUCAAUGAAGCCGAAUGUGCAUCAGUAAUUGCUAUCUCGUAUGUUGCAUAUAUGUCUCUUGACUGUUUUGUUACUGCAGACUCUGUUUUGCCAUUACUCACUGAGUCCCGCGAAGAUGCAAUAUGAUCUUUAAAUUCCCAGCCUUUGAUGAAAUCUUUAAAAUCUCACAAUUUCUGCAUUGUAUGAGAACACAAUGUCUGGAAUUCCAUGACUUGCAAAGUCAACUUUAAAGUUUUGAAUGAAUGUUUUCUGGAUUUAAAUAUUCCAGUUCCCCAAAAAUAUAUAAACAGUUAUAAAAACCUGUUUGUUAAAGGAUCACUAUAGGGUCAGGAACACAAACAUGUAUUACUGACCCUUUAGUGUUAAAACCACCCUCUGGCCCCCCUGGGCCCCUCAUGCCUCCAUAAAUAUAGUAAAUAUCUUACUGGAUUCAAGCCAGAAGCUGUGGAUCUGCAUGCUGUUUGCCUCAAACAAAAACAAGCAGUCUGCUGACAUCAUCAGAAGUGGUAGCCUGAUCAAAUCACAAUGCUUCCAUAGGAUUGGCUGAGACUGACAAAGAGGCAGAUCAGGGGCAGAGCCAGCAUUAUUCAAUCACAGCCCUGGCCAAUCAGCAUCUCCUCAUAGAGAUGAAUUGAAUUAAUGAAUCUCUAUGAGGAAAGUUCAGUGUCUGCAUGCAGAGGGAGGAGAUACUGAAUGUUUGGAUGCAUUUUAGGCAGCCAUGACCCAGUCAUGACCCAGGAAGGAUCUCUAACAGCCAUCUGAGGAGUGGCCAGUGAAGUUAUCACUAGGCUGUAAUGUAAACACUGCAUUUUCUCUAAUAGGUAAUUAUUCUACUCACCAGAACAAAUUCAAUAAGCUGUAGUUGUUCUGGUGACUAUAGUGUCCCUUUAACUCAAGUGCAUAUAUCUAUUCUACAUCCACAGAUCUGAAAAUGUGUUUAUUGUACAUCAACCUGGUCUAUACGUUGUGACAUUAUGUUCUUAUUGAACAAAUAUGAAGGGAUAACAAUUGUAGACUUCAUCCAUGGACUUUAUGGAAUUUCAUCUGCAAUGUUCAAUGUUAUUGGCUGUUUCAACAUUACAAUUCUUACAUUUGUCCAUAGACAACCCUCAUCUCUAAUAUGUGAAAAGAGGGAUAUUGUCACUGGAUUCUAUUGUUUACUUGUAGACUAGCCUUGCUGUAUCAGACCUUUCAAAAGUCUCGGUCCCAAUUUUCUUUCAUCAUCAGUAGUAUAUUGAAGGGUUUAGACUUUAAGACAUACAUACAGUAUAACGUAGGCAAUACAGUGUAGAUGUGAAGUGUGUCAAGUACAUCAGAUAUAAUGCAAUGUUCCUGCCAAUCUAAAAUCAAACAAUAAAACAUAAAUUAGUCAUUAACAUGUCAAGACCAAAUAUGAUAGCUCUCUUAAGGGGAUAUCUAGUAUCGUGUCAUACCUCCAGGAACAUUACUUUUCCAUGUCACGAGUUUAGAGAAACUGGUAUUUUUUUUUUUUUUAUAUUUGAAAGGUAAGCUUGGAAUUGACAUUGCCUUUAGUAUAUCGGCUACCUCUCUCCAAAAGGGCUAUAUCUUUUUGCAACCCAACAGAUGUGUAACAUGGUGCCUUCCCAUGGCCCACUUUUUCAGCAGAGUGGUGAUACAGCUGUGUAGAUAUUGUGGAGGCAAGAUGAGUGUAAGGUACCACUGGUAGACCAGCUGAACUGUCCAAAUUUUGUGAUCUUGUCUUGUGGUCACAGGUCGGCUCCCUGGUGUUCCUCAUCUGGGGACACCAGGGAACUGUCCAAAGUAAGCACAAUACAGGACCAACAUUAUAUGUGCCUGUGCUGUUCUAAAUAGUGACAGGGCACUGACACCAGACAGAGCACUUCAGGAGUUUUUUAUGCAUGGUCUGACCAAAGUGGGGCUUACCUGAGAUGCUGUCAGUCAUCCAGAUGUGUGAUCAUGCAAGGAUAAAAUCCCCCAAUUUCUGUCAAACUGACCACUUUAUAAACUGUCUGAUUCCGUUCUUGGCUGGGCCUAUCCAUUUGUCUACCCUGUGCUCGUUUUUCCACCCACCUUUGUCCUCGAUCUCCACAGAGUCAAAGGCAAGGUUGGGAGAUAUGCAAUCUGACUUUUUUUGCCAAGAUUUUCCUUCUCAGUUGAAGAUAUGUUUGUUUGUGUUUUGCAUAUAUUCAAUGAGAUUUAUAGAUAUAUGUCCUGGUCACAUACAUUUUUUUAUUCUUAAGACCUAUUAACUAAACAUUAAAGAGUUGUGAACUGCAAACCAUUUUAAUCACGUUGACUUUUUCUGGGUGUAAUUUUGGGUUAGAUGACAGAUUACAUCAAGCAUGUCAAGCUUGUGGGCCAGGAGCCGCAUGCGGCCCACAAUGAAUAUUGAGACCUGCCUCCCUGGGGCCGCUUUGUGCUGUGGCUGCACCAGCCGCAAGACAGGAAAGAUAUUUCCUGUCUGAUUCUUGUCUUCCCUCCCACAGCCACAAGAGGGCAGAGUGGCUGUCUGUCUGCAGAGCAGGCCAGCUACUCCCCUUUCUCUCCUGCUCGCAGUGCCAGAGGAGCGUCUGGUCUGCUGGAGCAGAGAAGAGCAGGGCUGGAACUGGAGUGCCGACUCAUCUUAAGGUAGGAAAAGAGGGGCUUGGUGGACCUUCCUGUGUAAUGUGUUAAAUUGGGGAUGGGGGGCAGUGUAUUAAAUUGGGGGAGGGAGGGAACCAGUGUAUUAAAUUGGGGCAGGGAGGGUGGCCAGUGUAUUAAAUUGGGGCAGGGAGGGUGGCCAGUGUAUUAAAUUGGGGCAGGUAGGGGGGCAGUGUAUUAAUUUGAGGGAGGAAGUGUAUUAGAGUUGUGGGGGGGGGGCAGUGUGCUAAACGGGGUGAGGUAGUGGACAGUGUUUUCAAGUUGUGGGAGGGGGCAAUGUGUUAAAUUGGGGGAGGGUAGUGUAUUAAUUUGAGGGAGGAGGUAUUAGAGUGGUGGGAGGGGCAGUGUGUUAAAUUGGGGGCAGUGUAUUAACUUGGGUGAGGGAAAGGGGCGAUGUAUUAAAUUGGGAGGGAGGAGGGAAGUGUGAAAUUGGGGAAAUGCAGUGUAUUAAAUUUGGGAUGGAGGAAGGAACAGCAUACAUUCACCAUUUCAGUCCCAUUACCAAACUUUUCUUAAUAUGUCAAGGUAGUUGAACUGAAACAUUGGUUAUAUGCAAAUGCGUUUCUUAAAAUAAAUUCGCUUUUUUGUUGUUGUUUUUUUGCGGCCCACAUAAACUUAAACCUUGUUUAUUUGGCCUAUGUUAGCCUUUGAGUUUGACAUGCUUGGCUUACAUGGUAGAUUCCCAAUGCAUGUUUUUCAGUCACUAGAAUUUUAGUUAGUGAAUUUGUUUGCCUUUUUUUAAUAUUUUUUUUCCCCAACAUCUUUUCAAAAACAGAAUCAUUUUAACCAUGGCCCUUUAUUGCAUACUCCUUAUUUUCACCUUCAACACUGAUGAGUACAUUGACUUGCUUUGUAAUAAUAUAUGACUGUCCCUCGCCAGGGUAGGCAACCUUCAGAUAUUUUGGUGUACAUUUCCCUUAAGGGCUCUUACAGCUUUAAUGUUGGCAAACAUAGAAACAUAGAAACAUAGAAUGUGACAGCAGAUAAGAACCAUUCGGCCCAUCUAGUCUGCCCAAUUUUCUUAAUACUUUCAUUAGUCCCUAGCCUUAUCUUAUAGUUAGGAUAGCCUUAUGCCUAUCCCACGCAUGCAUAAACUCCUUUACUGUGUUAACCUCUACCACUUCAGCUGGAAGGCUAUUCCAUGCAUCCACUACCCUCUCAGUAAAGUAAUACUUCCUGAUAUUAUUUUUAAACCUUUGUCCCUCUAAUUUAAGACUAUGUCCUCUUGUUGUGGUAGUUUUUCUUCUUUUAAAUAUAGUCUCCUCCUUUACUGUGUUGAUUCCCUUUAUAUAUUUAAAUGUUUCUAUCAUAUCCCCCCUGUCUCGUCUUUCCUCCAAGCUAUACAUGUUAAGAUCCUUUAACCUUUCCUGGUAAGUUUUAUCCCGCAAUCCAUGAACCAGUUUAGUAGCCCUUCUCUGAACCCUCUCUAAGGUAUCAAUAUCCUUCUGAAGAUACGGUCUCCAGUACUGUGUACAAUACUCCAAGUGAGGUCUCACCAGUGUUCUGUACAAUGGCAUGAGCACUUCCCUCUUUCUACUGCUAAUACCUCUCCCUAUACAACCAAGCAUUCUGCUAGCAUUUCCUGCUGCUCUAUUACAUUGUCUGCCUACCUUUAAGUCAUCAGAAAUAAUCACCCCUAAAUCCCUUUCCUCAUAUGGUGAGGUUAGGACUCUAUCAAUUAUUCUGUACUCUGCCCUUGGGUUUUUACGUCCAAAGCAAAGCAAAAGUAGAGGUGUAGUCCACAACAUCUCUUAGCCAAAGGUUGCCUACCCCUGCUCUAGAGCUUAAAAUUACUGAACAGGACUGCGAACAACAAUGAUCUGUUACUGUUCACAGUUUUUGUUUCCUAGAGGAUUGCAUGUUACACUGGCGUAGUUUGUUAUCGUCAUCUGUUUAUAGAAUUAUAUUGGGAUAUCUAUUACUCUGGUUCUGUCAAGUUACGCUAGUAUUUAAAAUCGUGAGUCAAUAUAGUAAAUUGGACAGAUAUGCAUUUUAUUCCGUAUGCUGCUUUUUCGACACACAAAUAGCAGCAUAACCACUGCACUGAGUUUUACUAGUUUUGGUGCUGAGCGUGUCCCUUAAAGUUUAUAUGUGAAUAAUGCAUAAACAAUUUCAUUUUGCAAAUUAUUUUGAGUUUAAAGUCAACGUGCUGCUUCAAAUUUUUUAAACGUUUCUCUCGUUUGCCCCUAAUAUUGUGGUCCCAUUUGAGCCCAAAAAAUUACAUAAAUAUUUUUUGUUUUAUCUCUCACUUGUGCAACUCUUUAGCUCCAAAAGGAUCACAGAAUGUUACAUAAUUCAUUUCUGAUUUGAGACAAUAUCAAAAAGUAUGCAAUCCCAACUGCAUGACAAAACACUGAGCUAACAUUUAAAUAGCUCUCCUGUGAGCCAUGUUUAAGGGGGUUACUUUAAACAACUCAUAAGAUUGCAAUUUUGUGUGUAAUGACCAUUUAAUGACAUAAAAUGUAUUACAAUUCAUAAAUUUUAUGAGCAACACAAAAGAACAGGGUGAUGUGUGAGCAAGUUCAGCCUUGUAACAUAUUGCAGUGCUUUUGCCAGUACAGCAGAUGGCGAAAAGUGGGGGUAUAUUAACUAAACUGUCUUUGAUGAGAACUUACUAUUUUAACAUCACUAUUAUAUAUCUUGGUUGGUAAAACAACAACUAUUUGUUUUGUGGACAUACAGUAGAAGGUAGAAAGGAUUCCACAAUUAAAUUCGCUGGCACCCUCCCGGAGUAAGGAGUUAAAACUUUUGGACAGUGGUUUCCAAACCCGUCCUCAUGGCCCACCAAUAGUCCAGUUUUUUUCAGUAUAACUGUGGCGAAAACAAGGGAAAUGCAUAAAUCCUGGAUUGCUGGUGCGUCAUGAGCAUUGCUUUGUGAACCAAUGCUUUUGGGAAUGGUUUUACAACUUAGCUGAGGUCCACUGAGACCUGGUUAUUUUCCUCCAUUAAAGCCAAAGUCCCUGCAGUGGCUGUAGUGGUUAUGGUGUUUAGAGUGUUCCUUUAAAGGACAGUCCUAAUGUUGCGUCAUUUGCUUUUCAACCUGUGGUACCAAAAUUAAGAGUUCUCAAACUUGUCUUUAUUGAGUUGGUUGUGAACUGAAAUCAGAAUUGUCAAAUGUAAGCAAAAAAACAUAAUUCUGGAAAAAAAUUCCAACUCAACUAUUGUCACGGUUUGGCUAAUUCAUCCUGCUUUUAUGAUUUGAAUUUCCAUUCACAAUAAUUUGGAGUUUAGUGAAUAAGCCUUUGAGGGUUAUCACCAAUUCUCAUGUGUUGGAAAGAACAAACAAAGACUUUGGUGUUAUCACAAUUCAUUUAUAUGUUUACUCACUAUUGAACUUUGGAAAGGGUAGACAAAUUUGCGAUUAUUAACCUGUGGCUUGUGUCUGAGUUGAAGGAAGUGUGAUACACUGUACUUAAUCAUGUUUUUUUGUAGAAUAUUAUUUGUACUGAUCUUAAUUUUACCUAUGGCCAUGAUAACACUGAUUGAUUUGAAAAGGCAGUCUGUCUUUCUCUAUUUUCUCUAUUUUUUUAUCCAGCUUUAUAUUCAUCCAUCCUUCAAUAAUGUUUGUACUUAUCACAUGUGUGUUUUAUCUUUAGAUUUUUUUUGUUACUUAUCUUAAAAUUGCACUAAUUCUUUCCUCCUAAAUAGAGCUUUCCCCCCAGGCAUGUAUGUAAGGGAUAUUGCAGGGCUAGAGAGGGCAGGUCUUCAACGUUUCAAGCAUCUUUAUUUGAACCUAUCCCAAACCUAUGCAUGCCUGCCCUGCUGGAAGCAGUACAGAGAAUGAAAGAGAAUUACUUAAUGGUUAUACGGCCAUCCAACAUAACACUACACAGUCCUUUGAAAAAAUAUGGUCUCCCUGGAAUGGAACCUGGGGGACUAGGUGACCACAGGGAGGGAGAGGGUGCGCAGCAUUGUGGUGGGACACAAAUGCUGGGGGAACGCCAGUUCCUCGUUUGGUGCCCCAACAACAAGCGCAGCUCACCUUUUGUUAUGACUAGUGCUGUCAAGGGCUAAUAUUGUUUUCUUCUUAUGGUAUUUUGACCUUCCUUGUUUUUGGUUACCAUAAAGUUAGGAAAAACUAAAAAAAAUAUUCUUUCUUGGCAAGAGUGAUGCUUGAACUAAUUAUUUUAACAUUCCUAGCUUUGAUAGAUGAGCAAUUGCUGUGGUUGUAACGCUGAUUGGAUUGUUUGAACUGUGAUGUUUUUGUGUUGAUUAUACUUUUCAACUGUUGACAUAAUUGCUUUGUCUACUGUUUGAGCUAUUACUAAGAUCAUCCCAUCUUUAUUGCAUGCACUCUUGGCUUGAUAGUUAAAAUGUCCCAUCUGUAGCUGACAUACCCUUAUGAGAUUAGAACUGGUUAAUUUGCUGGCAGGAGUGUAAUAAUUAUAAUGUGUGAUCUCUGGCAUGCUUGUACUGAUUCAGCUGUGGAGGAGAGUGAAGCGAGUAUUGUUUAAGUAUUUGGCAUGCUAACACCAAGUAUGCUGGUUUAGCUGUUAAAAAUUAUUAAUUAAUUUUACUGAUUCCCAUCGACCAUCAUUUCUGUGAGAUAGUCACAAAUAUAAAUUUAAAGAGAGUUAAUACUGUUAAUGAAAAUGAUUAUUAAAAGAUACAUUUUCAAACAAGGACUUCUCUUUAUAUUUAAUGUAUGCUCUCUUCAUAUUUCAUUCAUAUUGUAUUAGUCAACAAACUUAACUUGUCCAGUUAGGUAAAUUAAUGUAUAAGCAACAAGUAAACUGGUAAGAUACCAACUGAUUGCAACUAUGCAUUCCUAACAUAGAAUGUUUGAACACACAUAUUUACAGCCCAUCUGUCUGCCCAUAUGGUUAUCUGUCCUGUGUUUUUCCUGUUUUUUGCCUGUCUUUCUAUUGUUCUCUUUGCAUAUCCGUCUUUCUGUCUAUCUUUUAUAGAUCUUUAAUUGUAGUGAUUCUGCUCUUUGCAGUAACUUUAAUAUACUGUCUGUAAUGUAUACACUGUGCUGUACUGUUGAUGAUGUGCGCUACACUGAUCGCAUUCUGCAGCGGGCGCUUUGUGCACUAAACGUACUGUUUCAACUGUUAUAAUGACAGCCCUGGUUGCAUUAACUGUACAGCUGGAUCGUUUGAGAGUAUCACUAAUUUUAGAGUUUCACUUGCUGAACUGAUUGUACUGCAAUUUUUACCAUGUUAUUAGCUGUACAUGCUGACCGUACCUCUGCUAUUGGUUGCUUCAUUUUGGCUGCGUUGGGUUCUAGUUUCACAGCUCUCCUUGGUGGAGCUACAUUUGAUAUAGCUGUUAUCGUUUUAACUUGUCAUCAUUCAUAUGUUGCUAAUUUUAUAUUGGUUUUUACCUAUUUAGUUAUUACUGUUUCUAGGAUUUAUUCUAUGUAAUUUGUUGCUGUGCUGAUACAAAGUAUGUUAUUUCAGUCUUUAAAUUUAUUGUACGAUUUGGCCAGUUUAUCCUGCUGGUGUUGUGAGAUUUGUGCUGUUUUGUCUUUGUGCUGGCGUCGUUUCUGAUUUUUUAUCUGUUUGUGGGAUUGUUCUGGGUGUAUGAUUGUAAUGUUUCAGCUGUUGGAUAGAUUGUACCAGUUGUACGUCAAGUCUUGGAAUGAUUGAGUGUCCUUGCAUGUUCUGUUUCUUCACAUCUUUAUCCUUGUCACAGUUUGUAAGCAUUCAAAAAUAUUAUUAGUCCUGUCAGUUUUAUGACUAUAAAUUCAUAUUUCAUUUUAAAGAUCACGUCAUGGUUGGAAAACAAAUCACAGAGGAAGCCAAGCAUGGACUAUGAUGAACAGGCAAUUUUUGCAGAGCUACAUAGGUCAAACAAGCUAAAGUGACUGUUUAUUUCUUAUGGGAAUUACAUAACAAUCUUAAUAUUUCAUUGCGCAUAAAGUAUAAUCUGGGGCAUUAUGAAGCCUGAGUGCUUUCUUUUCUUCAAAAGGAAGACACUUUAAGCUAUCAUUAAUGUCUUCCACGCAUCUAAGCGUACUCAUGUGGAUAUAUCAUCAGCUACACAGUGUGUCAAUAUAUGUGUUUUAGCAUGUUGUUCCACUUGCUUAUGAACUUUGUUAAGUAUGUACACUGGUCAGCCACAACAUUAAAACCACCUACCUAAUAUUGUGUUGGUCCUCCUUGAUGCAUCAAGGCAUGGACGCCACAAGACCUCUGAACAUGUUCUGUGGUAUCUGGAACCAAGACAUUAGCAGUAGAUCCUUUAAGUUGUGUGAGUUGGAAGGUGGGCCCUCGAUAGUUCAAAUUUAUUGCUCCAGCAACUCUCAGGAAUGCUCAAUCUGAUUGAAAUCUGGGGAAUUUGAAGUCCAAGGUAACACCUUGAAAUCUUUGUCAUGUUUCUCAAACCAUUCCAGAACAAUUUUUGCAGUGUGGCAGGGUGCAUUAUCCUGCUGAAAGAAACCACUGUCAUCAGGGAACAACAUAGCCUUGAAGGAGAGUAUGUGGUCUGCAACAAUCUCUAGGUUGGUGGUACAUGUCGAAGUAACAUCUACAUAAAUGCCAGGACCCAACGUUUCCCAGCUGAACAUUGCCCAAAGCAUAACACUACCUCCACGCUCCUGCCUUCUUCCAAUAGUGCAUCUUGCUGUCAUCUCUUCCCCAGGUAAAAGACACAAUUAUACCUGGCUAUCCACCUGAUCUAUAAGAAAACGUGAUUCAUCAGACCAGGCAACCUUUUUUCAUUGCUUCAUGAUCAAGUUCUGAUGGUCACGUCCCCAUUGAAGACACUUUCAGUGGUGGACAGGGGUAAUCAUGGGCCCUCUGACUGGUCUGCAGCUACACUGCAAACUGUGAUGCACAGUGUGUUCUGACACCUUUCUGUCAUGGCCAUUCCCCACUUGCAUUAAUGAGCCUUGGGUGCCCAUGAUCCUGAUGCCUUUCAUCGGUUGCCCUUCCUUGCACAAUUUUUGGUAGGUACUAGCUGCUGUGAACUCCCCACAAGACGUGCUGUCUUGGAAAUGCCUUGACCCAAUCAUCUAGCCAUCACCCUUGUCAAAUUCACUCAAACCUUUUCACUUGCCCAUUUUUCCUGCUUCCAACACAUGGAAUUCAAGAACUCACUGUUCACGUACUGCCUUAUGUAUCCCACCCCUUGACAGGUGCCAUUGUAACUAUAUAAUCAGUGUUAUUCACUUCACCUGUCAGUGGUGUUAAUGUUAUCGCUGGUUAUUGUGUAUACAAGAGUGUGUGUGUGUGUGUGUGUUUGUUUAUGUGAGAGAUUGGUGUUUCUUGAUAAUAACUUGUUGGCUUUAAAGUGAUCUACCGUACUUUAAAUUCUAGACUGAAUAACUUGAAAAAUAGCCAAGUUGAGAAUAUUUCCAAUUCAGCUAUUUUGGCCUAAAACGUUCAGCUUUUAGUAACUAUCCAACAAUUAAAACCAUGAUAUAUAGCCAUAUAAGGGUAAAAUACAUUUUCUUUUUUGAUAUUGCUUUGUAUUUGUAUUGCAUGAUAAAAAGUAAAUGAAAGAAACAAGUGAUUAUAUUUUCAUGGUAAUUCACUUAACUGUGAAUUGUCAGGAAUUCACAAAUUCUAGAUCAGAUGAAAUGGAAGCAUAGCCGAGUAAUACUUGAAGUUAUAUGGUGGAAUCCUGGCAAUUCGUGGAUUGGCUAAAAGUCAGUAUGCAUAGUAAGCUAUACUAUAUGUGGAUAAAACUUUCUAAUCUGUUAAGAUGUAUUAAUGGGAUAUUUUACCAAAAUAAGAAAAAAUGUUACAUAAAUAUAGGUAGGAACUUUGCACGGUUGACAUCUGAACACAGGGUGGGCAUACCAGGAAAGGGGGCAUUGACAAGGGGUGGUCCAGACUAAGAAGGAGGCAAACCAGCCCAUGAAAUGGACUGUCUAUUAGAAAUGAAGACGUGGCAUGAAUGCUGUUGAAGUGUUCUGUCUAUGUUUCUAAUGUCCAGACACCAUUCACCACAGCUUUAGCUUGUAUAACAAUGUGAUCACGUUGCAGCUGUGAUUGCUGUUGGUGAGGACAGUUCCCUGGUGCCCACAGAUGUGCAAGAAAAAUAAAUAAAUCCAGAUAUGACAGUUAAACUUUAAGAAAUUGUUUUGCUACCUCUGCUUGUCUGUUCAUGGCCACCCUGUCUAGUGUCAUCUUCCAUGAAGUUAUGGUGGGAAAUUGGCUUGGCAGCCAUCCACCUUGGUAAGGUAUCAAGAAAAGAAAAUAGGACAAUGACGAUCAUUUCAUCUUUAAAUAUUAAAUCUGGAGCUGUGGGAAAUGUUCCUACUUGUUCUUGUUGGAGUUUUUCCAGUUCUCUUUACCUUCUGAACCUUCAAAGUUAAUAAGAUCAGAAGAUUGUUGUCAGUUGCCCUUUAUUUAAACUUCCUGUUUGCUAUUGGUGAAGAUUGACCUGGCUUGGGACAUUUCCGAUGUAAGAAAUAUAUUUCUUAGUUUGUGUACCAGUUCAUUUUCAGUACCACCCAGACAGUUAUUUGCACUGAACAAAUUAAAACCCUAACACUGCCUAAAGUAACUGUAUUCAGGGAAAGCUCAAAGGUGCGUAUCAAUCCCAAUUACAAACACCAAUGAACCUAGAACAUUGGUUUGUAAAUUCGAAAACAAUAACAUUAGGGCUUGAAGACGUGUAGACGAACUGCUCCAAAGUUAACAGUAGUCUUCACUGUGCGUUUAUUUAGAAAGUGGUUUACCUGAAAGAAUACUUUGUGAUGUAUCUUGUUCUUGGAUAUGUACUAGUGAACUCGAACAGAACCGAGUUUAUAUUUUGAAAAUAAAGAGAGACCGAUCAGUUAAACCAUGGGUAGGUAAGCUUGAGCACUCCAGAUGUUGAAAACUACAUCCCCCAUAAUGCUCUUACAGCCAUAAAUCUGGCAAAUCAUCGGGAGAGUUGUAGUCCACAAAAUCUGGAGUAACAAAGGUUAAUUACCCCUGAGUUAAACAGUAGCAGAUAAUUUGUGAAUGAUUAGCGGAGUGGAAGGUGUUAAGAGAUGUACUGAGCUGAAGUUGUCUUUUUGCUUAGGUAGUAAAGAAGACCCCAUACAAAAAAAAAUCUGAUGGAUAUUACUUUUUCAUUUUAAGAUAACCGUUGCUGACAGUUUAAUAAUAUGUAGUCCAAAUAAUUGGUCAGGCUCCUGCCACAUACCAGCAUAUUGUUCUAGGAGUUAACUAGGGUAGUUGUGAGUUACCAUUAUAUGACUUAACAUUUUUAUUGUACAAUUUGUUCAAAAACCUUUGUGGGCUCCCUGUUUUCCCUUGAACCUCACCUUUUUGUUUUCUGCAACACGUCUAAUCUACAUAAAAGCUAAUCCCAAUCAAUUCGGCCUAUUCUAAAACUGUAAGAAGAGAGCAUAACAAAACAAGACCUAUUUUAUCAUUAGAACUUCUUCGUAAUGCGGUCUGCCAAAUAAAAUGCAGCUGGGAAAUAAACAUAGACAGACCCAUACAAAGUCUCACAGAUUCACACAGUCUGAGACGUACAAACAAUUUAAGACACACAGGGGUUUAUUCACUUAAUGGGAAAGCUCAGGAACUGGAAGUAUACCUGACUUUUCUAGUUUAACUAUUUUGACCUUAACCCCUUAAGGACCAAACUUCUGGAAUAAAAUGGAAUCAUCACAUGUCACACAUGUCAUGUGUCCUUAAGGGGUUAAAGGACCACUAUAGUGACAGGAAAACAAUCUCGUUUUCCUGGCACUAUAGGGUCUUUAGGUCCCCCCCCACCCUCAGGGUCCCACUCCCGCUGGGCUGAAGGGGUUAAAACACUUACCUUUCUCCAGCGCCGGGCUUCCUCGGCGCUGGGAACUCUCCUCCUUCUGCCGAUGUCAGCGCCGAAUGCGCAUGCGCGGCAAGAGCUGCGUGCGCAUUCAAACCGCCCAUAGGAAAGCAUUACUCAAUGCUUUCCUAUGGACGUCCAGCGUCUUCUCACUGUGAUUUUCACAGUGAGAAGCGCGGAAGCGCCUCUAGCGGCUGUCAGUGAGACAGCCACUAGAGGCUGGAUUAACCCUAGUGUAAACAUAGCAGUUUCUCUGAAACUGCUAUGCUUACAGCUGCAGGGUUAACACUAGAGAGACCUGGCACCCAGACUACUUCAUUGAGCUGAAGUGGUCUGGGUGCUUAUAGUGGUCCUUUAACGUUGAAAUUCGCUUAGAAUUCUCGCUUUAGUAAAUACCUUGUGUUUCCCUUGGUCCAAUAAAAGCCACAUAUGGCUUCGAAUAUUUGUGCAAAGCAGUGUUAGUGAAAGUGUGUACAGUUUCAAUGUGAGUGACUAUAAUUAUUUCUAUGUGAGAGCAAUGGCACACAUCUCCAAGCUGCCUGUAGUGAUUAUAGUGCCAUGAGUGCCCUGGCACCCUCCAAAAUGUAGUAGUCUAAUUGUUUGCUAAUGGUUUGACAAAUUGCAUAGGCACAGGUCACCUCCUCCAGGAGAACUGGAAAUUUUCUAUUCUGAGCUAGCCUGGUGGUGCAGGGCUAUGCUCAUUGGCUUAGAGUGGUCUGAUGAUAAAAGCUCUAUGUAGGAGCUUCUAGUACUCCUGAAUACUCUGACUGCGCCAGCGAACCACAGUAAGUUAUUUGCAGACGUUUUGACUACAUGUCCUGGGAGGGUACCAAGGCAACUGUGGCUCCAUAACCACUACAGUGCACAGUAGUGUUUAUGGUGGUUGGAGUGUCCCUUUAAUCUGUUAUUUUGCUGCGUGUUACAGUCUAGCAAUCAAACAAAAUAAUAUACCUCUUAAAUGUCAUUAAAGGGAUACACCAUACAAUAACACACAUUUUAUACAUUUUAUAUAUUUUCUUACCUAAAUAAAUACAUAACAAUGUGCUAAUAUAUAAUGUACAGCUGCCAUUUGGGAAAUUGCUUUAGCUCUUGCAUACGCAGGAAGAUGAAACCUAAGGUCUGAUAACGGCUGGAGAACCAUGAUAGUUCAUCCCAUAGAGUGCGCCUUGUGUACUUGUUUUUUUUUUUUUAAAUAGUAAUAUAGUCACAGAAAGCAAAGUGACAUGUAGGAAUUAUUCCUCAAUAUGACGGUGCAUCUAUAUAAAAUGAGUCUCAAUUUAUAGCUCUAGAACAGUCUUCUAUAAGCACUAGAACAAUUUAACAGUUUGGUUAAUAACCUUGCAGAAUUCCCUGCUGGCCACAAAGUGUAGAAAAUGUCUAUGUCCUAGAACAGGUAUAGACAACCUUUGGCACUCCAGAUGUUGUGGACUACAUCCCCCAUAAUGCUCUUACACCCAUAAUGCUGGCAAAGCAUCAUGGGAGGUGUAGUCCAAAACAUCUGGGGUGCCAAAGGUUGCCUAUUACGGUCCUAGAAGAUUUAGCUGCUAUAUUAUUUAAUUCCUGGAAGGGCUUAAUUUUGUAUGAAACUGAACUUUGGUUCCCACGUCAGAUGUUUAUAACAACAUUUUUAUAAUCCACUGAAGUCAUAUAAGACUAGCAUUUAGACAGCUUUAAAUUUAGCCAAAUGCUGACUUGAAUUAUGUCGAUUCCAGUGGACUGUGGGCACAGCUGAUGUGUAUUAUUUACAAAAUUACUAAGGUAUCCAUGGAGUAAAUGUUUCAGUAAAUAAAAGCAGACAUUAUUCAUACGAGUAUAUGGUUAUUAAGAAUUGUUUUGUGUGUGCUAGGUUUGAUAUUAUGGUUGUUACUAUGCAUCAAAUCAAGUCAAAUCAUCAAUUACAGAGUUAACGUCAACGUCAAACAGUGGCAGGUGUUAUGUCAAAGGACAACAAAACAAAUGUUGAAAUAGACUCAUGGACAGCACAGUAGUCAGUCUCUGAGACAAAUGGUAUGAACAGCAUUCUCGUUGAGAAAGUGGGGCAUGAUAAGUCAAGAGUUUGGGAAAUAUUUUAGACUAGACAGAUCCCCAUAGUGUUGGAAAAUAAAUACUGUGGAGCUCGAGGCUCUAAGCGUGAAGUUCCUGUCUGAGAUAUCUGAUCCGGUUUUUCCUUAGAACUGUGUCAUUUCAAAACAGGUUGAUGCAUUGUAUUUCUAUAAUUACAACGGAGAAAACCUUGAGAAGCACUUAAAUGGUAAGGUCUGUGGUCCAGAACGAUUUGUUUCAAAGUAUCCAUAUGUACUGCAUGCCCUCUUACAAUGCAUGUGUAAAAUGGCACUGGCUGCACUUCACAACCUUUAAAAUAUAACCUUUACAUCCUGUAGUGUUUUUUAAAUAUAAUGCACAUACAUACUUUCUGGACAGUAGAACACAUUGACAAUUACCAGACAAAUUUAGGCUGCAGAAAUCUGUAAAAAUCUACUUCUUUAAAUUAAUAUGAUUGCAGAUACAAAAAAUAAUUGUCGGUUCUGACAUUGUUACCUUUUACAAGGACGGCUCUUUGUACAGGUAAAAUGUUCCGUCAAAAGAAAUUUCGGAGAAUUGGCACAUUUAUGGCACAUUUAUCCUUCUGCUGGACCAUUAAUGGUGUGAAGACAUUGCAUAAAGAAAAUUCACAACAAAAAUAUUUUGUACACUAACAGGGUUUUAUUCAAGGUGGGAAUGAAAGGUUCAGAGCGAAUGCAAAAGGGAAUUUCAAAUUAAAGGUGCAAAUAGCUGAUGUUUAAAAAGAAAAUCUUUCAAAGUCAGCUAUGCGUUCGCUUUAGCUUCUCUGGUCUUAAAUGUGAAGUCUGUUUAUGAGGUGGUUAAAGGACCACUAUAGGCACCCAGAUCACUCCAGCUUAAUGAAGUGGUCUGGGUGCCAGGUCCAGCUAGGGUUAACCCUUUUUUAAAUAAACAUAGCAGUUUAAUAAACAUAGCAUCAGAGAAACUGCUAUGUUUAUAUUAGGGUUAAUCCAGCCUCUAGUGGCUGUCUCAUUGACAGCCGCUAGAGGGCUUCCGCACUUCUCACUGUGAUUUUCACAGUGAGAAGACACCAGCGUCCAUAGGAAAGCAUUGUGAAUUGCACAUUGGAAUGCUUUUCUAAACAAACAGCAAAAAUAUUAAAGGCAGUGCUAAAUGUUUAUCCUGGAUCUUGUACAGUUAUACCCCCAGUAGACUAGUAGAAAUGCCCUUAUUUUACAUUUGGAUUUUGUAAUAAUGAAUUGGAAUGUAUAAACUAAUAUAAACUGGGUGUUACGUUGAUGAAUAAAUCAAAUUUAAAUGAUUUGGCAAUUUAUAGUAUAUUCAAUAUUAAAAGCAUGAUUACUGUAGUUGUGCACAUUGAAUUGUAAUGCAGAGAGCUGCCAUCAGAAAAGGCAAACUAUAACUAUCAUAUAACUAAACUAUGUCUGAGUCAUGUCUUCAGCAUUCAAGUUUCAUUUAUAUUCUGAUGGGAAUUGCCUCACCAUGUAACAACAGGGGAGCUUAGAUACCUGCUUGUGCUCUACAGAUCUUUGUCAUUUCUCCCAUGCAUCUAUGCAGUCUGGUACUGUCGAUGGUGGUUGAGUGCCUCUAAUGCAGUCUGACACUGUCAAUGGUGGUUGAGUGCCUCUAAUGCAGCCUGGCACUGUCAAUGGUGGUUGAGUACCUCUCAUGCAGUCUGGCACUGUCAAUGGUGGUUGAGGGCCUCUAAUGCAGUCUGGUACCGUCAAUGGUGAUUGAGUGCCUCUAAUGCCGUCUGGCACUGUCAAUGGUGAUUGAGUGCCUCUAAUGCAGUCUGGCACUAUCAAUGGUGGUUGAGGGCCUCUAAUGCAGUCUGGUACCAUCAAUGGUGAUUGAGUACCUCUCAUGCAGUCUGGCACUGUCAAUGGUGGUUGAGUACCUCUCAUGCAGUCUGGCACUGUCAAUGGUGGUUGAGUGCCUCUAAUGCCGUCUGGCACUGUCAAUGGUGAUUGAGUGCCUCUCAUGAAGUCUCGCACUGUCAAUGGUGAUUGAGGGCUUCUAAUGCAGUCUGGUACCGUCAAUGGUGAUUGAGUACCUCUCAUGCAGUCUUGCACUGUCAAUGGUGGUUGAGUGCCUCUAACGCAGUCUGGCAUUGUCAAUGGUGGAUGAGUGCCUCUCAUGCAGUCUGGCACUGUCAAUGGUGGUUGAGUGCCUCUAAUGCAGAUUAAUACUAUUGAUGGUGGUUGAGUGCACUCUCUGAGUGACAGCCACUUAAUGCAUUUAAACCCUGCAAUGUAAACAUUUCCAUUCCUGCAGAAUGGUAAUGAUUUACACUGCAGGGAUAAAACUACAGGGACAGGGCACCCAGUCCACUUAAUUUUAAAAAUCAAAAUUUGCUGUUUGAGUGAAUCAAAAGCACACAGUAUUUACACUACAAUAAAUGUGUUUAUUAAUUUGGUUUCUGUAAAUUAAAUAUAAUUUUGUUCCGUAUCUCCCACUCUUUUUAGGUUUGGCAGGACAGUUCUAAUUCAAUCUAAUGAUGCGUUUGUGCAUCAUGCAUGACCCACUGGCUUUCAAUCUGCCUGGUGUGUAUGCAUAUCAGUCUGUCCUGUUUGGCUAGGACCUUCCCUAUUUUGUAUGAACUUAACACCAUAGUGUUACCAGUUAUGCGGAUAGUGUGACUGAUAUGCCAAUUUUUGUCAUGCCGUACCCCACAAUAUUUAUAUUGGACAGCAUUGCGAGGUAUGGUCUAAUCUAAGCAAGUUAUUUAAAUUUAGAUCAUAAUAUAAUCUAAAAAUGGAUCUUACAUUGACUCAUUUAACACCCCAGGUAAUUUAAUGAAUAACGUGUAAGUAUGAGUGGGCUACUGAACUGGAACAGAAGGAGGAAGGCGGGAGAGAGGGUAGGGGCAAGGCUAGAGAAGUUCAAUAGACAGAAAGGGUUGUAGAGGUUGAAAGUUGGAAAUAACCUAGAAACAGAUUGAAGUGAUAACUGAAAGGACAACAAGUCAGGAAAUAGAAUGUUGAAGGACAAGAAGCAAUGUCCUUCAACAUUACUUGUGGAAGAUUGGAUGAACAAAAUAGAGACUAGCUUCAUUACAAAUGACUGGUGUAGUUUUACUGUGGGAUGUGGGUGUAAUGUUUCAGCAUUCAUAAAUGUUAAUCAUGGCUCUCACUCAUUUUUUCAAAUGAUUGCUUAGAUUACAAGAAGGCAAAUAUAUUCUACUCUUCUUUUAGGACAUACGGAAUGAUUGGAAAACCAAGAAGUUAUGCAAGUGCAUAUCUUUUACAUAGAGGGAUAUCAGAAUGACAGUGUAUUAUGAAGUUAAAUAAAUAAAUAACAAAACUGACUACUGCAGCAGAAAAAAAAAAAGAUGAGUCACCAUUGCCAGGAAUUUAAUCCUCGACCCUUAGAUUUUCCGCAGAUGUUAUGGACAAAUGCCAAUAGACUAUCUGCUGCGGAGAAGCGAGAUUCAAUUUAAUCAUCAUCAAGGAUUAUCUGAACAAUUUAUAUUUCAUUUUCAAUAUAAACUCAAAUGCUUUAGGAGGAAUUGCCCUUUUUAAACUCUGGCAUGAGUGUGCCUUUAAUUGUAAAGUCAAGAUUGUUCUCUAUCCUCAAAUUUACUUAUUUUCUCAACUUUUCUUGUUUUCUGAUAUUCGAGGAUAUAUUGGGAGCAUUCCAAAGAACGCACACUUGUAGAUUUGAUCUGAAGCCCACACUCUUGUGUGUUCUGUGCAGCCACAUCAAAGCGACAGUCCUUGCAAUUAAAUAUUGAAGAACUUUUCACUGACUAAUACUGAUCUGAUUUUUUUUCCUUGUGUGGUUACAUUUUAUUACUGGUAUACGUCAAAUGCUUUGGCUCUUUCAAUGUCUCAGUUUUCUUAAAGUGAGUCUUACAUGUGCAAACUUAUCUGCUUACUUUACACGUAAUUGUACAGUGAAUAUAUAUAAUAGACUUUAUUUUUUAAUAGGAUUUUUUUCUUCUAAUGUUUUACAUGUUACCAUGUAUAUUAUUUGGACAAAAAUAUUGGGAAACACCUCUAAAUUAUUGAAUUCAGGUUUCAAUCAGACCCAUUGUCACAGGUGUAUAAAAUCAAACACCUAGCCAUGUAGUCUGCAUUUACAAGCAUUUGUGAAAAAAAUGGAUUGUUCUGAAGAGCUCAGUGAAUUCAAGCAUGGUACUGUGAUAGGAUGCCACCUUUGCAAAAAGUCAGUUUGUGAAAUUUUGGCCUUAUUAAAUAUUCCACGAUCAAAUGUAAGUGGUAUUAAUGGAAAGAGGAACUAUGUAGGAACUCUAGAGCAGUGGAAACAUGUUCUGAGUGACAAAUCACGCUUCUCUGUUUGGAAGUCUGAUUGGCGAAUGUCAGGAGAACAUUACCUUCCUGACUGCAUUGUGCCAACUGUAAUGUUUGGUGUAAGAGGAAUAAUGGUAUUGAGUUGUCUUUCCAGUGGUUGGGCUAGGCCCCUUUUUCCAUUGAAGGGAAAUCUUAAUACUUCAGCAUACCAAAGCAUUUUGACCAAUGUUAUGCUUCCAACUUGGUAACAGUUUGGGUAAGUCAGGCCCUUUUCUAUUCAAGCAUGACUGUACCACAGUGCACAAAGCAAGGUCCAUAAAGAUAUGGCUGUAUAAGUUUGGUGUGGAAAAAACCCAACAGGCCCUCAACCUUAUCAAACACCUGUAGGAUGAACUGGAACAGAGAUUGCGACCCAGGCUUUCUCCUCCAACAUAAGUGCCUGGCCUUAUAAAUGCUCAAGUGGAUGAAUGGGCAGAAAUUCCCACAAAAACUCUCCAAAAUCUUCCGGAAAGCCUUCCAAGAAGAGUGGAAGCUGUUAUAGCUGUAAAAAAGUAACCUACUAUAUAUUAAUGUCUAUGUAUUUAGAUGUUAUGUCAUAAAAACCCCUGUUGGUAUAAUCGUCAGUCGUCCCAAUAAUUUUUUCCAUAUAUGGUAUAUAGGGGCUGGUGUAACCUGAAUUUAAAGCUCUUUGGAUGUCAUCAUUGCAGGUUAAAGAAGUAAAAAACAUGACCAUGCCUUGGAAAAUAACUGGAAAAUUUGGUCACUGUUUAAGAAGUAGACCGAACAGUAGGAGCUUUGCACGAUUAGUUCUCUACUUUAUGACUUUGCCGUGUCAAGGCACACCUUACAGUCCAAGAUUACCCGGGUGUAUUUAAAGUGUUUAAAAAACUAAAAACACCUUAGACUCUAAUUGUUUUUUCCCCCAUUUUCUAAACACCUUAGACACACCUGGGUAAUCCCUAAAUCUUGGACUGUUAGGUGUGCCUUAAGGAGAGGGUUGAUGAGCACUGCUCUAUACCAUUCUAGAAGACCUAUGUAAACGUCUUGUUAAUGGUAAAUGAAAUGCUUCAAAUAGAAUGCUCAUGGGUUAUUUAUUGGGAAAUUAAUCAUCAAACUAUUCAAUUCUAAAUGCAGUUAUUACAUAAUCCAAAAAUCAUGAAAAUAAUAUUAUAUUUUGCUUACUGAAAAACAGGCUUUUAAGAAGCAAAAAUAAUCCUUACUCUAAUCUUGUGAAAGGGACUUUGGUAGUUACCAUCUCCAAAUCUUAUGAUGGUCAGGCAAACUGGCUCGGUAUCAGUACUGUCAAAGCCCAAAACAGAUGGUGUGCAAGAAAUAUCCUAUACUUCCUGCUUGGCAGUAGUUUUGCAGCAGCAACACUUAUUUUAAAGUAAUUUCCUCAACAUAUCUGUGAUCCAUUUUUUAACGUGCAAGAUGCCAGUGCUCAACAUAGUUCUUGUUUAUGCAGGCAUGAACUUAAUUAUCAAAUGUAUGCUGACAGCAUGCAAAUGGAUUUGUUUUGUUAUCUAUCUCCAUGACAAAGCUUUUGGCAUUUUUCAUAUUGGUAUAUUUUCCCAGUUUUCUGGAUUGAUACCCUACCAAGCUGUAAUUUACACAGAUUUACUUAUUACUGUUUUAAAAUAAGUUUCACAUUUGACAGAAAACUGAAAAACUUGAUAUCUACCACUAUUACUGUUUAGAGGAAAAAAAUGGCUAUUUCUCAAAAUGCUAAAUGGAGAGAGGCUCAGCUCUCUGGCGCCCAGUGUUAAAUAACAGAAUGUUAGACGAAGGGGGGCAUCUGUUUGGGUGUCAGUGGACCUCUUUCAUUUGACAUUUUAGUGGUAUGUUACGAUAUGUCCAGAUUUAAAGGGUGACUCUAACCCCCUUUAAUAUCCUGCCAUUUUACUUUAAAAUGACCAUUUGGGCAUUAUGAGACUUCCCCCACAUUAUAAAGUAGCAAAUUAGGCUGUAAACGUACCUUGAUUUCAGCGCCAGGCGAAGCUUCUGGAGCUCCUCUCCACGCUUCCUCUGACUUUACAGCCUCCCCUGCUGUCCAAUCAAAUGCUUUUGAUGGAAAGGAAAUGGAUAGCUUUAGUUCAAUAUAAAAAUAAAUAAAUCACAAAGCAGAAAGAUUAGGGGAGGACUGGGAGGGAAUGCAUGGAGGGACGGAGGGGAUAUUCAAUUUCCCCUUGCAGGCACACUGACGACAGGCAUAUUUUUUUGCACAGAAUACAUUAGGCAGCAAGAAAAUUUAAUCUGGGCUUCUUUAGUCAGGUGUGCCGGGUGCACAACUUGCCCCCAACACAAAAGUGCCAUUAUCCGAGGCAGAAAUGCUGCACAUACACAGUCUGUGAUGGACCGCCUGGCACUCCGAACGAGUACCUCCGCCAAUCGAUUCCUAGUGCUCACCAAGGAAUUCCAGCACUCCACCAGACACCAUAAGCACUGCAGACCCCACUUCCAGCGAUCCAGCGGCGCCAGGGUCUCGCCGUCCUUUACCCACCCUGGACCCAAGACCGGGAUCCAGUUUCCAGUGGGCAGACCUCUCCUACUCCCAGAGAGCGUAGCAGGAACAGCUCUUAUAAGAGCUAGUGAUUAUAAUUCCUGGGGAGUAUAGUGAUAUAGCAAUUCCCCCACACAUGAGAUGAGACUCUAUAUUGAGGGUAAGCAGGAACAGAAUUUUAAUGGAGGCACACUGGCCUUUUAUGCAAGUUUCCCAACAAGGGUGACAACCAGGUGGACCUUUGUUGGGCACAGUGAAUAAACCAAUAAAAACAGAGUCAUACAGUGAGACACUCCCAUACACAAACAAUAGAAUCCCUCCUCUGUGCUUGGGAGAUAAUUAAAUCAGGAACUGUACUAAUCUUACCCAAUUAUCUCCACAGAAAAACAUACAAUUUUAUGAAACCCCAUAACAGUUACAUCCCCUUAUAGCCCCUGAUCUGGGUGAACAACAUAUCCAAAAAUCACCCAGAUUGGUUCAGGGGUUCAGGAAUUUCCUGGAAGUCAUAGUUUUGACUGACCGUGCACAUGGUCCUAUGCCCAAAACAGUUCCAGGGAAAUCAGUGCUAACAGUCAGUCAAGUUCUGUAGUCUUGUACAGGUUUCCCUACAGGGCCCAUAGUCUGUGGGCAGGAGGCUGGCAAAUAGGCCACUCCAAGUACAAGUAGCGAGGUUACUUUUGCCACACAGCCCUACCACUGUGACCACUUUUAAAUGCAGAAGUGGUCAUGAUGGAUGGAGUAACCCUUUUAGAAAACUGGCCUUCUGUAAAAUGUCACCUAUUUGCAUCGUUUCUGUAAUACAGAGCAAUAAAACUCACCAAAGCUCGGGGGCGGGGCCUUGCUCACAAGUUGACCAGGCGUGCUUCAUAUGAGCUCCUGCUAGAAUGUGCUAUAUUUCAGCUAAAACUACAAAAAUACAGCUGCAAACCGCAUAGAAGACACCUUUAACAGAAGGGACACAAAAGGUACCAAGAUAACAUUUGCAAGCUUAUCACACUAUCCAGCCCUGAGGCCUCCUAGGAUUGCAGGCCUGUUAGCAGGGAGAGGCAGCCGAUCUCCCGCUUCGGACAGAGCCUCCUGAAGUGAAUCUUCUAGAACCCAAUUACCUCCCCCCUUUGGACCGGUGGGGGUUAUCCUGAAUACUCUGCAGUGGCAAGCACAAUCUCAACCGCGUGGCGAAUCAAAGAUGGCUGCUGUGCUGAAACCCAUCCUGAGUGAAGCAGACCAUGAGAGUCUAGAUAGGGUAAAAAGUUUUGAGGCCAGAUUUGACAUGUUGUGCCAAGACUUCUGGACUCGUAUGGCAUGUCGCACGGCCACUCCAGCCUCACCGGUCCCACCACAGACUCGAGCAGCAGCUCCAGCUCACUGGCCGCAACCACCCAGAUAUCCAUACACCCGUGCGGUGUGUCUAGUUCCAGAGACUUUGACACAGGUCCACAGAGCUUUCGUAAGCCGACCGGGGGCGACUUGUGGUGGACUUGUCAGUAUGCAGGGACUCGGCUUCACACACACUAAGACAAGCCGGAGGUGUGGAUGGGCUGAGGGGCCAGUAUGUAAAGCUUGGUGCUCAUGUAUGUUAAAUUGUUUUUCUUUACAUCUUUGAAUAAGCUGUAGCCCUCAAGUGACUUCCCUAAGUGAUCUUAAUAAUUAUCAGUGGACCCCAGUGGUUUUAUUUUACCAUCUAUCUACUUAUAAGCACGUUCAUAAUUUUCAAUUUUAAUCUUAGUGGAAUCUACAACAGGGUCAUACUUUAUCACAGAGUUUAUGUUUUUAGCUUUACCUACCAGCACUGAGCUAUUCUGCCAUUAUAAACAAAAACAAAAAUGUGCAAUAUAUCAUGUGUUAUCUGAAUGAUGUUUUCCUGUACUCUGAUUGCCACUCUACUGCUUUUGCAAAUACCUAUGAUGUAUCUGUGCACGUAAAAAAAUUAGUAAUUUAAUUUAAUUUAACCCCUUAAUGACACAUGGCGGCAAUAUUCCAUCAUGAUUCCCUUUUAUUCCAGAAGUUGUGUCCUUAAGGGGUUAAAAACCUCACCAAGGCCCAAUAUUUUGAAGACAAAAAUCUAAAAGUCUAUGACAUCCAACCAACUUGUGGAAUUUUAGUACACAUCAACCCAGAUGUGUAAAAAUUGGCAAUGAAACAGAAAUAAUGUUUCAUAUCUACGGUGGAUGUUACUGAACAAAAUCAUAGAACAGACCAAGAAUAAUAUUUCUGAAUUUAAAUGAAUGCAAGAGUUCACUAAAGGAAUAACUUUGCAUAUCCUUAAUAUAGCCACAAUCAAACCUCUGUUCUCGAUGACUCAAUUACUAGCUACUGGUAAAUGUACUACUAACAGAGCAUCUUAUUGCAUCGUGAGUCAGUGGUUUUCUGUAGUCUGGUUAUAUGUCUAGAAAACUGCAGAGGACGUACUAGUCCAUGAAACUGAAAGUAAAAAUGUUGUAUAUUUACUCAAUUUGGUCUCUAUUUACUAAGAAAGUAUUUAAAUGUGCAAUAGUGCAGUUAUCAUCAAUUGUCUCAUUUUCGGACCCCUAUUUCAAUAUAUCUCCUAACAUUAUCCUGUUCAGAACUGCAUGAAACAACAGCAACUUACUGGAGCUAUUUUCCUAGAUAAAGCGUAUGGAUAAUAUUUGUCACUGUGUUUUAAUACGUAAGCUAAGUAACCUCAAAACCUCAGUCAUUACCGAAAUAGUUUCAAUAUUAAUCAGAAGUCAAUGUGUAUCCAUUGCCAGAAGUACAUGUGGAGUUUCCCAACGUCACGAUCUCUUUCAAUAUUUAAGAAUUACCUAUCCGUGUUUUAUAGAUUUUCAGCUUUGCACGAUGAUACUAUAAUUCAUGCUAUAAAAUUAAAACAAAUCAGAAGCUAAAGUGCAAUAGAGCAGAGUUGUUUACAGUUUUAUAUAUGUAUCUUGAAGGACACACUGCACACUGUUUUUAAUCUAAACAUCACAACAAAUUCAAUUUACGCCUUGGUAUAGUUAAAGGAACACCAUAGCUUUAGGAAUACAAAUGCGUAUUCCUAACAUUAUACAGACCUGUUGGCUGUUUGACCGGUGAUUUUACUGUCCUUUUCAUCCUCGCUGCUAUCACACCUCGUUGGCUGAGAUCACCUAGGUCGAUGAUCUCAGUCAACCCAAUGCUUUUUUAUAGGAAAGCAUUGGAAGGCUAGUGCACAUUUUCUGCAUCGUCGUCUAAUUGUUUUACUCUGCUGUUUAAGAUGAAGCACCUCUAAGUUAAGCAUUUAAACUCUGCAGAAUGGCUAAUGUGUUCACUUGUAGGAUUAACACAGGGAGAAGAUGAAGUGGUCUGGGUGCCUAUAGUGUACCUCUAAAUCUUUUUGAAAUAUAUUUAUAUGUAUUUAAGAUCUUAUUUGGACACCAAAUGUAUUAAGUAUGAUUCCAAAGUAGACAAUGACCCAGACAGUCAAGGUGUAACUGUAAAUGCUGAUUUAAUGGAACAAUGUACAAGCAACGUUUUGACCCAAUGGGUCUAAUUAAGGUAGUUUGAGUGCCUGGACCAUUGGCUUCUUUAUAAACUACAGAGUGGGAUUUGGUCUAGCUCCAGUUGCACCCUGGGGACCAAGGGAGUGUGGUGUCCUUUGUUCUAUCAAGUAUGACUCCAGUCAUCUCCUAAAAUUAUUGUGUAACAUACUGAGUCUAAAAAAUGAGCUGGAAAUGGUAAUGCUGGUCAGUAAGACAUGUAGAAUGCACAUCUCCGCCUAAAAAGCAUCUUGGUAAACCCAACGCAAUUUGAUAAAUUUCACUAUCCAGCUUUGUCCUGCAUAAUGAUGACAGUGCUCAUCUGUGAUAAGUAUUAAAUGACCUAAACUGACAAAUCCUUAAAUCUAGACCUAUCUUUUAUAUUCCACUGCCACAGAGGCAUGAACGCUCUAGCUUUCUGCAAAUCAAGGCCCGUUCCUAGUGCUGCUCAUUAUUUGGCAUUGUCAAACGGCAAUAGAUCAGCUUUCUCUUACUGAACUUGGCAACUGUGGUAUAAAUGACCAGAAACAUAAAAUCUUAAAAACAUAAAAUCAUCUUCUGUUGGAAAAGAUCUGCUUCAUUGUGGCUACCUUCAAACUAUAGCUGUAAAUAACUGCUUAGUGGUUUCAAAUGUUUUAAAUAUGUAAUUCAAUUGUAUUGUUCAAUGGUCCUGGGACAUAUUUGAAAACUUUUUCCAGUAAAACACAUUUUAAAUAAUAAUAAAAAAAAUACAUGUUACUGUAAAAUAUAAUAACAAAGUGGGGGGUGCAAUAAAUAGAAUAAAUAGUACAAAAUAUAAAUACUUAUUCGUAGUAGUAGUAGGAACUUAAUCUGUAAAACACAAAAGUCCAUACAUAGUGUAAAACUGUAAAUAGUAAAAGUGAUAGAGGCAAAGGUAUUGGGUCACUCACAAUAAAUAGAGCCUAAAAUAGCAGGCUCUAGCUUGAUUGCAUGUGGAAAAUCAGCUUUUCCCAGCUAUUCAAGAUGUCCCCACAGUCUUCCUAUAGACACUGGUGCUGGAUUCCAGAUGUAGGAAAGAUGGACCAAACGGAUUCUUCAGCUUUAAAAAGUAUUUACUUCAAUAAAAUAACCAGAUAAAUAAAAAUGUAAAAAUAACAUUAAAACACAACGCGUUUCGACAAUAAGUCUUUCUCAAGUGUACAGUCCUCUUCUUCCGGCAUCCUUUUAAAUCUGUGCUACCGGAAAUUAGAUUUCCCGCCGAGUUUCACUUCCGGUAUGACGUCAUGACGUACGUUCCGUCGCUGCGUCAUGACGUGUCGGCUGUUAUUGCGUCAUUUCGUCAUUCCCAUGCGUCCAUUCGGCAACCCGGAAGUGACUACAGGGCUCCAUUUAGAAAACGGGCAAAAGCAAUCCUAAUUAUAAAUGACAUCUUAUUGCCUCAUAUAAUCCAAUUGAGAAAAAUUCUCACAUUAAAUAUAUACUGAACACAUCAUAAAGAAAAUAUUCAGACAGAAUACAAAAUAUGAUUUUCAUAUUAAAAUGCAUAGUCAUAUAUAUACAAUGGGAAUAAUAAUUAAUCCAUUCCAAAUCAAGUUAAAAUCUUAGCAUAAUAUGUAAACAAUAUAUAGUUGCAUAUGUAGACAAAUAUAUAAUAAAAUGAGACAAAAGGCAAAAAAUAAAAGUCAUAAAAACGUCUGAAAAUAUGGAAUAUACCCAAAAAGUCAUAUCAAAGCUGCCAUCUCAAAAUCCACGUUGAGACCGCUGGGAGACAAGGUGUCCAAAUUAAAAAUCCACCUCAUCUCACAGCGGCUCAACGUCGAUUCAACAUGACCACCCCUCCAAUGGGGUUUAAUAUGUUGGACACCAAAAAAGCUAAGCCCUGUAGGGUCUCCUCCAUGGUAUUUUAAGAAAUGUAGGGAAACAUUAUGUUUCAGAAAACCUUUUUUAAUAUUGUAAAUAUGUUCUCGUAUUCUUGUUUUUAAUGUCCUUGAUGUCUUUCCAACAUACUGUAAUCCACAAGGACAUACGAGAACAUAUAUUACAUUUUUCGAAUGGCAUGUAAUAAGGGAAUCGAUUUUAUAAUGGUGUGUUCCUACUCUUGAUUUAAAACUCUCUAAUUUCUUUGAUUUAUUUUUAUAAGUUUUACAUCCCAUACAGUUACCACAAUAGUGGAAACCUUUAUUGUUAUCCUUAUAAGUGCUCAAAAAAUUAUUUUUAGGUUUAUCCAAAUAACUGGUAGUUAGAAUUUGUCUAAGAUUUUUUGCUCCCCUAAAUACAAUUUUGGGUUUAUUAUCAAUAUAGGGUAGAAUAUCCGUAUCCUGCUGUAGUAUAUGCCAAUUUCUAUUGAUCACUCUUUUGAGGGUUUUAUGUUCCUUACUAUAAUUAAAGAUCAUUGGAAUUUUGUCAUCCCUUUUUUUAUUCUCCCUAGAUUUAUAUGUUAAAAGAGACUCUCUAUUUAUUCCUUUAACAGUCCUAAUUAGACAAAAAUCCACAAAUAGAUAUAAACGAGGAAUUUAUGAAAUACUUGGAGAAAGGUUUCUCUAAAGGCAUUAUAAACCAGAAAGAGUAUACCUUUUUAAAUGUUAAGUCACCUAAAAUCCCUGUGAUAUAUACUUUACCAAAGUUACAUAAAGAUGCAUCCAAUCCACCAGGUAGACCAAUUGUCUCAGGUGUGGAAUCGCUUCUAUCGAAUUUAUCGAAAUAUGUAGAUAUACACCUCCAACCAUUAGUCAAAAAGAGUCCAUCUUAUUUGAAAGACUCUAUGAGCUUACUACAAAUUUUAAAAGAUUUUGUAUGGAAAGAUGAGUACUUAUUCAUUACAUGUGACGUUACGAGUUUGUAUACAUGUAUUGAUCACGAAAUAGGAUGUUUAGCCACACGUUUUUUUCUAGAAUCCUCUACUUUGUAUCCUGCUGAACAGGUGGAUUUUGUCAUGGAGGGGAUAUCCCUUAUCCUCCAUAACAAUUUUUUUUGGUUUGAAGAUGAUUUUUUCCUGCAAUGUAGGGGAACAGCCAUGGGGACCAGGUUCGCACCCAGUUAUGCAAAUCUGUUUAUGUCAUACUGGGAAGACAGAUAUGUAUAUUCAUCGCAUAACUGGAAUGCGAACCUGGUCCUAUACAAAAGAUAUAUCGAUGAUAUUUUUUUAAUUUGGAAAGGUGAUAGGAAUUCUGCUUUGGAUUAUAUUACAUUUUUAAAUUCCAACCAGUGGAAUAUACAUUUAACUCAGGAAAUCAAAUCAGAUUGUAUCCACUUUUUAGACUUAGAGAUAUAUAUACAGGAUCAGAAAAUUAGUACUCGUACGUUCUUUAAACCUGUGGACGUCAAUAGUUAUAUCCACAUGGAUAGCUGCCAUUUUCUACCUUGGCUCGAUAAUGUCCCCAAGGGUCAAUUUAUCCGGAUAAGACGGAAUUGUACAGACCUUAUUUCUUUUGAACAUCAGGCCAAUACUCUUAAGGAUCAGUUUAUUGAUAGGGGCUAUGAUUCUAAUAAAUUAGAAGAAGAAAUUAGGACUGUUAAAGGAAUAAAUAGAGAGUCUCUUUUAACAUAUAAAUCUAGGGAGAAUAAAAAAAGGGAUGACAAAAUUCCAAUGAUCUUUAAUUAUAGUAAGGAACAUAAAACCCUCAAAAGAGUGAUCAAUAGAAAUUGGCAUAUACUACAGCAGGAUACGGAUAUUCUACCCUAUAUUGAUAAUAAACCCAAAAUUGUAUUUAGGGGAGCAAAAAAUCUUAGACAAAUUCUAACUACCAGUUAUUUGGAUAAACCUAAAAAUAAUUUUUUGAGCACUUAUAAGGAUAACAAUAAAGGUUUCCACUAUUGUGGUAACUGUAUGGGAUGUAAAACUUAUAAAAAUAAAUCAAAGAAAUUAGAGAGUUUUAAAUCAAGAGUAGGAACACACCAUUAUAAAAUCGAUUCCCUUAUUACAUGCCAUUCGAAAAAUGUAAUAUAUGUUCUCGUAUGUCCUUGUGGAUUACAGUAUGUUGGAAAGACAUCAAGGACAUUAAAAACAAGAAUACGAGAACAUAUUUACAAUAUUAAAAAAGGUUUUCUGAAACAUAAUGUUUCCCUACAUUUCUUAAAAUACCAUGGAGGAGACCCUACAGGGCUUAGCUUUUUUGGUGUCCAACAUAUUAAACCCCAUUGGAGGGGUGGUCAUGUUGAAUCGACGUUGAGCCGCUGUGAGAUGAGGUGGAUUUUUAAUUUGGACACCUUGUCUCCCAGCGGUCUCAACGUGGAUUUUGAGAUGGCAGCUUUGAUAUGACUUUUUGGGUAUAUUCCAUAUUUUCAGACGUUUUUAUGACUUUUAUUUUUUGCCUUUUGUCUCAUUUUAUUAUAUAUUUGUCUACAUAUGCAACUAUAUAUUGUUUACAUAUUAUGCUAAGAUUUUAACUUGAUUUGGAAUGGAUUAAUUAUUAUUCCCAUUGUAUAUAUAUGACUAUGCAUUUUAAUAUGAAAAUCAUAUUUUGUAUUCUGUCUGAAUAUUUUCUUUAUGAUGUGUUCAGUAUAUAUUUAAUGUGAGAAUUUUUCUCAAUUGGAUUAUAUGAGGCAAUAAGAUGUCAUUUAUAAUUAGGAUUGCUUUUGCCCGUUUUCUAAAUGGAGCCCUGUAGUCACUUCCGGGUUGCCGAAUGGACGCAUGGGAAUGACGAAAUGACGCAAUAACAGCCGACACGUCAUGACGCAGCGACGGAACGUACGUCAUGACGUCAUACCGGAAGUGAAACUCGGCGGGAAAUCUAAUUUCCGGUAGCACAGAUUUAAAAGGAUGCCGGAAGAAGAGGACUGUACACUUGAGAAAGACUUAUUGUCGAAACGCGUUGUGUUUUAAUGUUAUUUUUACAUUUUUAUUUAUCUGGUUAUUUUAUUGAAGUAAAUACUUUUUAAAGCUGAAGAAUUCGUUUGGUCCAUCUUUCCUACAUCUGGAAUCCAGCACCAGUGUCUAUAGGAAGACUGUGGGGACAUCUUGAAUAGCUGGGAAAAGCUGAUUUUCCACAUGCAAUCAAGCUAGAGCCUGCUAUUUUAGGCUCUAUUUAUUGUGAGUGACCCAAUACCUUUGCCUCUAUCACUUUUACUAUUUACAGUUUUACACUAUGUAUGGACUUUUGUGUUUUACAGAUUAAGUUCCUACUACUACUACGAAUAAGUAUUUAUAUUUUGUACUAUUUAUUCUAUUUAUUGCACCCCCCACUUUGUUAUUCUGUUUUAUCACGAUUUGGGAGUGUCUUUGAGUGAUUUUGAGACACUGGGGGUAGUUGCUACUCUGUGUACAGCGCCAAUCCACCUAUAUUUAUUUCCUUUUGGGGGAAUAUUUCUUGUUUGUUUACAUUUACUGUAAAAUAUGCACAUUACAAUUUAUUUGUUUUAAAAUUCAUACCACGCAAAAAAAUAAAAUAAAAAAAAAUGUAACACUGUUCUGUUCUACAAAUGUUUUUAAAAAUAUAAAAUGGGAGGAGCAACCAAUAGAAUGUGUCUGCUGAUUCCACUGGUGUCCAUGGUGAUUGCCACACCUUCAGAACUUUAGACCGCACCUGCUAACAUUUCAAAGUGACAAAAAUGGACACUUUCAUUUUAGGAUUCUGAAUGGGGGUGUGGUCAGGAGCGGGUUAUUCCGAGAAAUUUUACACACAGACUUAUUUCUUAACACAUUUCAUGACACAUUGCAGUGAAUAUUAUUGCUGUGAUUUCUAAUAUAAAAUCAGACACACCAAGAAUACUUAUAUAUUAACAGGAUGAGAUUAAGCACUAAAUAAAGUUCUUAUUUGUGAUGAUGAAUAGCAGCUACAACAUACCAGAGUUCUCUCUUACUGUCAGAUGUAAGGACAAGAAUCGAACAUGAUCCAAUGGUGCAAUAUAUAUAUUGGCCCCCAGCAGCACCCCCAUUUAUGCAUGUUAAGGUGAGUGCAGCCAACCCCCUCUUGUUAUAUAUAUAUUUAUAUAUAUAUAUAAAAGGAUAAGGAUUUACUUACCUUAGACAGAGCUUCAAACUAACUCUGGGGUUCAGGCUUGAGCGGUACAUUCCCCUCCUUGGGGUAUAUAGAUGCUUCACGUUUAGGGUAUUGGUCCUCAAAAGAAUAUGUAUUGGGGAUGACAAAUCAAACAAGCAGGAGCACUGUGUAGUGUAGUAUGUAACUGAAUGUAACUUGAUGACAGCAGGUGCCAAGACAGACGUAGACACAAUCUCAUUCUUCUAACUGUAUUAGAGCAAAAGUAAAGUCAGAUCUGUUAUGAAAAUAAACAAAGCUCCUGUCUUUCUCAUUAGCUUUAUUUUGUGCAUAAUGCAUUUAACAAUUUGCAAGGCGUAAUAAUGCCAAGCACUGUUCAAAUUGGAUGCAACAAGCUUUCUAGAGGAAAUCUAUUUUUUAUCCCCAUCCAUACUUUGAAACCACAAUACAAUAUUGUAUUCUCAUUAAACAAAGCCGGUUGCUUUUACUAAACUGUUGAUCAUAUUGUUAAACAAGCAAACAACAUGGCUUGCUAAAACAGAUGGUGUUUAUGCAGUGUCUUGUUUGUGGAAUUGAGCUACACGAAGAAUAGUCUUUAUGGUGUGCAAUAAUGAGAUUUAUGAUAAGAUAUUGGGGUACUGUGGUGGACCUAACAUGAUGUGGCCAUAUGAUGUAUUUUUGCAUUGGGACAUUUGGGGUAUAUCUAUUAAAUUGGUAAAAAAAAUAAUAAUGUGUGUGUGUGUGUGUAUAUAUAUAUAUAUAUAUAUAUAUAUAUAUAUAUAUAUAUAUGUGUGUGUGUGUGUGUGUGUAUGUGUGUAUAACUAGAGAUUGUAGCUGUAUUAGUCCAGUGACGUAUAUGUAAAAAACAGAUACAAUUUGUAUAUAUAUAUAUAUAUACAUUUUUUUUUUUCCUACUGGAGAGUUCCUUAAUUUGUAGCAAGUUCAGUGGAUGACUUUAUGUGCGAUCCUGUUCUUCACAAUAAUUUUUACCUAAAUGAAUUGCACACAGUGCUAUUUUUCAGUCCAGAAUGACGUGCAAAGGUGUGUGUGCAAUUUCUUGUUAGUAAAAAUGUAUAAAGAUACAUUUUAACAGAAAAUGAAUUAUACCUUAUGUCUGUUAGUUCUAUUCUACGGAAUGGCAUUACUUUAUAUCCCUUGACCUGUGUUAAAUAGACAGAUUAGAAUGUAUUUUUCCCUAAUUCAACUUUAUGGAAAGUGAUCGUUAUGUAUUUACAUCUAGCAUUGUCCAUUUCUCAAAAUAAUUACUUCCUGAGUCAUUCACCAAUGCCACUUUUCUUCCUAGUGACAUAUUUUCUGAAUUUUGGGCUGCUAUAUAGUUUUCAAAUGAUAGUAAGCUCUAUCAUAAUUUAUGUCAUACCCUUCCCAUUCUUAAAAGAGAUAUUCUUUCUCUUUCUAAGAUGUCUGGGAAAUUGCCUUGCUGAACCAAUUAUUCAGUCUAUAUCCAUAUUACUAUGCUAGGAUUUGGUUUGUGAGUUGUUUUUAAUUCUAUCCAUAGCAAUGCAAAGGAAGGCAGACGUGCAGUCUGGUAUGUAUAAAAUCUUUAUUUUGAUAGUGACAGACCCAGACAUAGUGGUCAUGUUUAUCUGACAAUUGUGAUCUUAACUCUAGUUUCUGUCACACUCUUUGACCAUUUACAAUUCUAGAUAGAAAAGGAGAAGUUAGCAAACAUUCCAAGGGUGGCCAAAUAAUUAAAAAAAAAAAAUCAUUGUUUAUUGGAAAUACCCCUAAUGCAUGCAUGCAUUUAAGUAUGCAGUUUUUAAUUAUAGGUAUAUCUAAAAACAGCUUGUAAAACCUGCAGGUCUCUUGUCUGCUGCCUUUGCAAGCCCUCCCCUUCUAACCCUGUCCAGUCUUUCUGUGUCUGUCCAAUCACAGAUCUCAAUGCAGCUCAAUGAGAUUUCUUUGCAAGGCAGGUGCUCUGAGCAAUUGCUGACUCACUAAGCUAAACAUCCAAAAAGUAACAGGAUUGGCAGCUUUGGGGUAUUAAAGGGACACUGUAGGCACCCAGACCACUUCAGCUCAUUGAAGUGGUCUAGGUGCAAACUCCCAUCACCCUGCAGUCAUAAUUAUUGCAGUCUUUAUAAACUGCAACAAUUACCUCUGAGGGUUAACACCUCCAGACAGCCACUAGAGGGACUUCAGGAAUCCGAACUGACUUUUGGUCCGUUAUGUGGUGCUGGGGUGUACCCAGGUAAGUGACUGAAGUGGUUAUUAAUCCCUUCAGUGCCGUGGGAGGGAGCCUUGACAGCAGGGGAAGCUAUAGUGCCAGGAAAACAAACCUGCUGUCAAGGCUCCUAUAGUUUUGCUUUAAUAUAUUAAAGUGCUGAUUUCAAUUAAAAUCUGAACUUUUUGUAUAUUCAAAAUAGGAGGACAUUCUGCACAUGUAAAGCACGUCAGCAAGCUAUAGUGCUUUGGUGUUUGGAGUGUUUCUUUAAACAAAGAAAAAAAAGAGUCAGAUUUUUUCCUUUUUUGUUUUUAAUAGCCCUAAACUUAUUAAAAUAAUGUUGUCAUGUUCAGUAUUGAGAUAUUCAAUAAAUUACUCAGUUACUCCAAACUUGUGCUCAUGAAUCGGGUGUAUUUAGCCACACGGUUGGCGACUCAGAUACAGACAAUUGUUUUAUAUCUUAUAGGGCUAUUCCAAUCAUAACCAUUACAACCUGCUGUAGUAAUUAUAAUGCCGGGAGAACUCUAAACCAGUUCCCCGGUAAUGGGGCAAACCGUUUCGCAACCUUGGUCCCGAUGCUUCCUGGUUGUCCAGUAAAGAAUAUCCACAAAGAUGCGGCAGUCACAAUUCAUUGGCUGAGAGCAUCAGCUGACCGGUCUCCACCAAUGACAGUCAUUCUGUAGAAUGACAUUAGUCAGCCCGGAAUUCUACUUCUAGGCUGGUGGAUGAAACCCUUAUGAUGAUCAGAGAGAUUAAUAUCUGUAUGUGCAGCAUUUCAAAAUGAUUAGUUCUUUUGUUACAAUUUGUAGUGUAGACCCCAGAAUUUUCUAACAUGUUAACCUUUUACAAAACGGUGUGAAAUAUCUUUGAUGUGUCAAAACUUGACAGGUCUGAAAUUGGGAGAGCGAGUGUGUGGGGCUUUAAAUACAGAGACAAAUUACCCUUUAAAUAGUAUGGGCGGCCUGGUGGACCCCUGUCUCGGACACGUGGAGGAGCUGGGAGGAUGGAUGAGACACAUAGAGGAGCUUGGAGGUUGGGAUGAGACACAUGAAGGAGCUGGGGGGAGGGAUUAUACACUUGGUGGGACAGGGGUUUGAUGUAAUGAUACACAUUGGGGGUGGAGGCAGGGCAAUUUUCGCACCGGUUCCGGUGGUAUCUUGUUACGCGAUGUCAUCAUAGAGAAUAUGCAUGCCAGGUUUCAAGUUAAAGCGUAGGGUGCUUUAUGGAGCGCAUGUGCAAUUGUGUAAUUAUUGAAAUGCUAAUGUUUUAUGCCAACUGCAGUGCAAGUGCAUUUAAACAUGGGCUUAACAAAGGAAAAUUGUGUAACGUUCUGUUCUGUGUAUCCUUUGUAGAAUUUUAUAUGAUCCACUAAUCAUAGACAUCUAUUUUCCCAUUACCUAUUUCCCUUUUUAACACUAUUUUUUACUUUAAUAUUUCCAUUUUGUUUGUGUAAUAUUGGCCAAUACUGGUAAUACCUACUAUGUGUAAAAUUCCAUGUUAAUAUUGGAAGUUGUUCAUGCCAAUUCACGUCAUGUUUGCAUGUAGAAUUUCCCUAAUGCUAAUUUAGUUCCUCAGAAGAAGAAUUUAAAUAAAGAACUAUACAUGUCCCAUACUGUUCACAGUGUGCAUUUUUUUUUAUAUCGGGUCAGAUUCCAGAGGUAGAAAGUGAGAUCAACAGCCAAGAAAAUUUUCACUGGCUGCAAAAGUGCUUUGCAUGACUAAAUCUUUUUUCUAGGAAAAUGGAUAAGUGUUUCAAGGUCUGCGAUAAGAUCAUUAGAUAGCAUGAAGCCAUUGCUUUGUUUAAAUAUUAUUUUUAGACUGGUAAAGUAUUGCAGCAUCACCGUUCCUCUUUUAGUCUAUACCAGGGUUUCCCAAUUAAUUUUUCCCUUGGAACCCUUUGACAUUAUAUAGCAAAACUUUGGAACCCCAACAAAAAAAUGUGUGCCAUAGAGUAGCACUGCGCAGCACAAACCUUUCAAUGAGCAGACUGUAAUGUUCUCUAUUGCUGGCAAAUUCUUUUUAUAUCUGGUUCAACUGUUCUCAAUUGUAUUUGCAUGUCUGCAGUUACGUCAAGUCGAUUUCGAUACUUUGUUUUUGUUGCAGAGUAGAGCGAGAAUCCAGUUUGACAUAAGCAUGUGCUGGCGGAUGGCAACAUAACUUUGAUUGCCCGCUUGGACAAUUCUGGGUAUUUGUCCUGUAAAUCACCGCAAAAAGCAAUAAGAGAAAUUUCUUAAAAUUUUUGGCUUAGUUGACUGUCAGAAGUUAUAUCGAUCAGAUUCUCAAAAUCUACAUCAGAAAGAUUGACUGGCUUGUCUUUUAUGAAUGGAUUUUGAACCCACUCAUUGUUUUCAUUCAAGAAUGGAAAAUACUGAUUAAUAGAUGUGCUUAAAUGGCGAAGAUGAUCUACAAUUUCAUUGCGAAUUUCAUCUUCAAGUUAAAUGUCUGAUUCUUCAAGAAAAUCCUUAAGUGUUGGCAAAGUGUUCAAAUUAUUGUGCUCAAAAGAUGAGGUCCAAAACUGCAGCUUACAAGACAGUGAAACUAUUUUAUCUCUUGCAUUAAAAAUAUUAGUGUUUUUUCCUUGGUGCGCUAAACAUACGUCAUUUUAUUUUGUGAAUAUGUCUGCAAGAUAUGCUACUUUGGAUAACCACAGAGUGUUUGUUAAUCGAUCAGAUAAUCCAAAUUUAUGAUCCUGGAAAUAUGCAAACAACUCUUGACGCAAUUCAAACAUUCUAACAAGACUUUACCUCGUGAUAGCCAACGGACUUCUGAAUGCAAAUGCAGAGCAGAGUGGUGACUAGCCAUAUCUUCACAUAUUAUUUUAAAUAGUCGUGACUGUAAUGGUCGACUUUUUAUAAAAUUAAUAAUCUGGACUGAUUUGUCUAGCACAGUUUUAAGUGAGAUUGAAAUCUUUUUGGCUACCAGUGCAUGUGGUGCUGAUUUUUGCUACAUUUCUUAAUCAUGUCACAGCGCCUGCCACGGCACCAUCACUGCACACAUCCACACAUUUGUCCCAAUUUAUACUGUGUGCGUUCAUGAACUUCUGGAUACAGUUAAAGAUGUUCUCACCAGUGGUAUGAGUUUUCAAAGUUUCACACAGAAGCAAACCUAUUUGUCAAAAUGAUAUCUAACAAAAACCAACAAAAUUGAAAGUCCUGCAACAUCCGUGAACUCGUCUAAUUGCAGUAAGUACCCAUCACAUUGAUGCAGUCAAGAAAUUAGUUCAGUAUGGAUGUCAUCAGCAAGAUCAUGAGUAUGGCACAAAACUGUCUUGUUGGAAAGUGGCACAGCUUCAAUUUUUUACUCAACUUCUCACUUAAAAUACAUGACACUAUUUCUUUUGCACAUGGUUUUAUUAGUGAUUCCCCAAUUGUGUGUGCUUCUCCUGCAAGUGCUAGGUGGUAACUCACUCUGUAAGAAGCCUCUGUGGCUUUUUCAUUAGCAUGUUGACAUUUUUUUGCUCAUAAAUUGUUUACUCUUCUGAUACUUCUUUAGCUUUCGCUUAAAAAAGUCAAUGUCUUUAUCUUUGUACUCUGCGUGGUUUUGCUCAAAAUGACGACGUAAUUUAGCAGGUGCUAAUGAACUAUUUGGCAAUAUUUUAUUGCAAAGUUUGCAUUGUGCUUAAUCUUCAUUUCUGGCACCUGUGAAUCCAAAUGACAAGUAGCUAUCAUCAUAUUUUCUUUUCUUUGUUUGAGAAGAAGAUUGGCUAGCAUUGUGUGCUUUCCUUUUUUUUUUGACUUGUCACUUGUUUGUCUUUGCUAUUUGAGAAACAGUAGAUACAACUAUUUCUGGAUGUUUUCUGGAUUUUUAGUUGUAUCUUCUUUCUCAGUUUCUAUAAGUGCCGAACAGGUAGAAGUAGUAAUAAUUUUCCCUGAAGAGUUCCCUGCUUUAAACAGCUUUCCAAAUUCAUAGUUGUUUAUUUGUAAAAAAAAGAAAAAAAAAGAAAAAAUACAGAUCUCACAAACUGACUGAAAAGGAUGCUGAUUUUAAUAACAUUCUUAGAAAGAACUGCACUUAAGCAGGAUUUUUGAGUUAGACGUGGAGCAAAAAGAUUUGGAAAAAUACAGAUCUGAACAUGUAUGUAUGUAGCGGGGAAUGUGGUGCGAUUAAAAGUAAAGAGACUACCCCACUUGUCCCCCUAAUAACGACAGACAACGAAUAUUGGAUGAAACAGGCCACAGCAUUUAUUAAAACUUACAACUGUAGGACACAUCCAAAAUUAAUUCUUUUCUUUUAAUUCAAAUAUAAAUAAACACAUAAAUAUAUAUGCAUACCAUAAUUAACAUAUAAAUUAACACAUAUUGCCCUACAGCCUCUAGGGAACACCAGUUGGGAAACGCUGGUCUAUAUGGACAAUUUCAGACUUCUUUUUGUAAAAGGAAUUAGUGCAAUAAAGAUAAGAAACAUUUAUAAUAGCUACAGUCAGCAAGUCUUUACCAAGAAUCAUAGUAGAAAUGUAUAACAUGUGUUUCUUCCUCUACAUAUGUUUCAGUUUGUAAUUCGACUAUAAUGACAAGUUCAUAAAUAAAUAUUUUUAUGUUAAAUUAUAAUAAAGUCUCAAAGAAUGCUACUAUUUCAACCAUUAAGGCAUCUGUCAGGAACAGAUGUGCAGGUUGACGAUUAAUGGCUUAAAAGGAACACUCCAAGUACUAUAACCACUACAGCUCACUUGGAGUAGCCUGAAGUCCCACCCAUUGUAAGGAUUCAGACUGUUUUAUAACAGUUUAACACCUGCUGGGCAUCGCUUCCCACUUUCACUACUUCCUAUGGCAGAAGUUCUCUAUCUCACCUGCAAUGCAGAGCUUAGCUACCUUUUGUAUUCAUCUGAGUAGAUAGUACUGUCUUUUUCCACAAUUGUACAGUACUGUGGAAUAUGCUUGCACUUUCUAAAUGCCAAUAAUGUAGUGGUUCUUGUGUCUAUAGUCUAUCCAUGCAGGCUGAGCACUGUAAACAUUUCCUUUUUAAAGAAUAAAGCCUUCCUAUUUAAAGGACCACUCUAGGCCAGGUCCAGCUAGGGUUAACCCAAACUGCUAUGUUUAUUAAUGGGUUAAGCCUUCCCCCUAAUCCUCUAGUGGCUGUCUCAUUGACAGCCACUAGAGGCGCUUGCGUGCUUCUCACUGUGAUUUUCACAGUGAGAGCACGCCAGCGUCCAUAGGAAAGCAUUGUAAAUGCUUUCUUAUGCGACCGGCUGAAUGCGCGCGCAGCUCUUGCCGCGCGUGCGCAUUCAGCCGGCGGGGAGGAUCGGAGGAGGAGAGAAGGAGGAGAGCUCUCCGCCCAGCGCUGGCAAAAGGUAAGUUUUACCCCUUUCCCCUUUCCAGAGCCGGGCGGGAGGGGGUCCCUGAGGGUGGGGGCACCCUCAGAGCACUAUAGUGCCAGGAAAACGAGUAUGUUUUCCUGGCACUAUAGUGGUCCUUUAAUACAAGGUAGCAGAUCCUUUGCAUUCUGAUGCCCUAAAGUCUACGAUCCAUAGACAUAACCAACCAUAGGGUAUAUCCCUCAAAUUUGUUCUGCAUAGUCCCCAUUUCAUUUCCUGUUUGUUAGAAGGCACAAUUAUCUUUGGUUUAGUUUCAGCAAGUACAAUUCAUUCUCACGUCAGUUGACUGAUAUGGCCAGUUCUAAACAUUCUACCUGUUGGCCUUCAAUGCCACUUAGCUGUUAAAUAUGUUUAAAGUAAUGGUAGUGAUGGAAAAGAGGGUCAAGUGCUGCCGUAUGAUUUCAAGAUAUUGGUUAGAUGUAAACAUAUCCAAGUUUUCAGUGAUUUGCAUCCUGCAAACCCGCUUAACUGAUUUUAGUUAGUCUUCAAUUUAUAAUAAUAUUUUACAUUUGUCACUCAGAUGGCCACUAGAGGUGCUUCCUAUCACUGGCGUUCAGCGUCUCCACAUUCUGCAUAGAGGAGCUGCAUGUUCCCCAUAGAGAUGCAUAGAUUCAAUGAGGAGAUGCUGUUGCCACUCAUGCGCAUGCGCAAAAUCCUCCCAAUGUUUUUCUAUAGGAAAGCAUUGGAUUGGCUGAGAUCAUCAAGAUUGCCAUGGAGGCGGGGCCAGCUGUGGUAAAACUGAUGUGGCGUGGGAAGAAAGGCAAGUAAACUCACCUUUCCUAUGCAAUUGGAUACCUAAAUAGUUAAACAUAACGAUUUCAGGAAUACAUGUUUGUAUUCCUGAACCGAUAUUGUACCUAUAACUGUCUCUCUAGAGGCAGUCAAACAGUCAAAGAAAAAAAAUUAAAUAGAAAACCCACAAUGCUUGGCCUAAAUAUCAGUGAUAUCUGAACGCAGUACACUGAAGGUUGAGCAAAUCAAAGGAAUGCAUUAUGACAAGCCUUUUGGACAGAGACAAAUGAUAUGAAAAUCCAGCCUGGUGCACAUUUUUAUCCACCAAUUUGCUUCAUAUGUGGAAAUUGCAACAAAGUCAGAUAUUCAUACAUAUAUUUAAGAUAUGUAUGCAUCCAUAAAUGGGUUAAAACAAAUCCCAGUGGAACUAAAGUCAAUAGGCAGAAAUUGCUCAGAGCACUUGCCUUGCAAAGACUUCUCAUUGAGCUACUUUGGGGAGUCUGUGAUUGGACAGUCACAGGAAGUCUGGGCGGAAGGGGAGGGCAUGACUUGUUAAUUGGUUAAAGGGAUACUGUAGUGCCAGGAAUACAAAGCUGUAUUCCCGGCACUACCGAUCCCUCUGCCUCCCCCCUCCCUUGCACUCCCCUUCUCCCCGGUAAAUAAAGGGUUAAAGACCCUUUAUUUACUUACGCUGAUGUCCCUCGGCGCUGGGUCAAAGCUCUGCCCCAUCCUCUGUCCCGCGACGAGCGGCGUCUAAUGUGCAUGCGUGGCAAAUGCUGCGUGCGCAUUAGACCUCCUCCAUAGGAAAGAAUUGAAUCACUUUCCUAUGGGGAAAAUCUGACGCUGGAGGUCCUCAUGCAGAUCGGCAUCAGAUAACGGAACAAAAGUCAGUUUGGAUUACGGAAGCCCUCUAGUGGCUCUCUGGUAGACAGCCACUGAAAGCAGACUUAGUGCUGCAAUGUAAACAUUACAGUUCUCUGGAACUGUAAUGUUUAACAUUGCAGAACUAGGUGCAAAAGGGACACAGCACCCAGACCACUUCAAUGAGCUGACGUGGUCAGGGUGCCUACAGUGUCCCUUUAAGGGGUUAGUGCAUUGCUGCAUUUCUAGUAAUUGGUAAUACCUCAAGGCUACAGGUUUACUUCCUGCAGAAUCAGCUUGACCAUUCAACUAUCCAAGGUUGAUAAAACAAGUAAAAUUUAGCUAGUUAAUAAUAACCUAAGACCACGAAACAUCACUUGUGAAAGGUAUAUUUAAGAGAUUCCAAGUUCAAUAAACUUUUGUUUUUGUAAAUUGUGCUGCAACUGUAGAGUUACUCUCUUAUUCAAGUACGUCAAAAGGGAAAUAUUUGCUGAUCUUUCCAGCUUAUCGGAUGGGUUCUGCAUAUGCAUGUAAUGUGUAAAUUCCAUUAUUAGAUAUAGUGAUAAACUGAUAAAAGCCAGGAGUGGCUGCUGUCAGGUUGGGCUGUGGUUCCAUUCAUGUCUUUGAAUAAAUGUAACUACUGAAAGUGCUGACUGUGUUUCUAUUACAUCACUACCAGGAAUGGCUCUCAGAAUUUAGCAACUCCUCAUCUGGUUAGUGCCCAUAGAUUCAGAUUGGAAUUUGGAGAACAUAGAGAAAUUUGGGAAACAUCUCCUUUUAAAUCACCGUAUUACUACCAUUAUUUAAUUGGCAGCAUUCGUUUUCCCUUAGUGGCAUUUGACACAGCUGUCAAUCCAGGAGUAGCAAUCAUAGACUCUUUGCACCAUAAUCGAUAAAAUAACCUGUAGUGGUUAUUCUGCUUAGAGUGCCCCUUUCUUACAAUGUGAAAUAAACAUAUGACUAAAACUAUGCAAAUAGAAAAACUUAUAGAAAUAAAUUAAACCCACAUAGUAAAAAACAAAGUAUAAAAUCAACUGAAAGCUGCUAAUAUAACAUUUAUGUUCCUUGCAAAACAUAUUAAACCUCUUUGUAGAGCGUUAUAGAUUGAAAAUUCGUGAAAAUUGAAACAUGUUGGUACUCAAUCAAGUACUUUAUCUAAAAUAAAUGUUGACACCAUUGAUGUUGUAAAUGUAUGCCUUGCAAAUCAGCAAACAAAGUGCUUCACAUGUUUUCACUUGUUUAAUCUCUUUUUCCAAGCCAGUUGGUGUCGUUCCCUGUUAUAGAAUCUUGUGAUCUCAACAAAUGAUCGACUCAUUUUUUCAAGUUAAAAUCAGAAUAUUUUGUGUUAUUAGCCCUGCAGUAAAUAUAUACAAAAUCACUGAAUUUUAAAAAAACAAAACAUGACGUAUUCAUGAAAUUGCUCUGUAUAUUGGAAGACUGGGCACAUCUUAAAAUGCUAUUAUUGUUUAUUUCAAAUGUACUCAAUAUGUAUUAGUGGUCAAAAUUGUUACAACUUUUUUUUCUUUUUUUUUUUUACACAGACAGGCCUCCAGGGUAUGGAUCCAGCUUUCGACGUUCCCAUCACAAAGGAAUAGUGGAUGAGUGUUGCUUUCAAAGCUGUGAUUUAAGGAGGCUAGAGAUGUACUGUGCACCCGCCAAGCCGGCAAAGUCAGCACGUUCUGUGCGUGCUCAGCGUCACACUGAUAUGCCAAAAGCCCAGAAGGUAACCUAUCACUCAAGAUUAUUUGUUACUAACUUUCUAGUGAAGCCAAAGUGCGUAUUUAAGUCAUCCAUACGUUGUUUAAGUCUGUUUAUACAGAAGGGUAUGUUUUAUUUGGUAAAUACAAACUAAUUAUUAAAAGAAGACCUUAGUACAAUUGGAAAACCUACAUACUCAUAGUUAGUUCAUGGAGAUUUGAGUGCCUUAUAUUCAACAGAAAUCCAAAGAAUAUUGGUCAAACUCUCCUCCAUGGUGACUCAGUACUGAAAGUUUACUGGGAUCCCAUAUCAGACAAGCAACGCUUAAACCUCAGAAACUGUCUUUUGUUAAUUAAAUCCCCCAUUUGAACACACAUUAGACUGUUGACCAAUUUAAAAGAUUAUUAUAAAUUAAAGACUAACAGAAAAUUAGUUAAGAAGGUUUGCAGGAUGCAAAUCACUGGAAACUUGGAUCCAUAUCACUGUUUACAUCCAACCAAUGUCUUGAAAUCAUACGGCAACCAUUAACUUAAACAUCUUUAGCGGCUAAGUGGCAUUGAGGGCCAACGGAUGGGAUGUUUAGGAUUGGCCAUAUCAGUAAACUGAUGUAAGCACUUAUUGUGCUUGCUGAAACGAAAUAAAAGCUAAAUGUGCCUUCAAACAAAAAGGAAAUUAAAUGUGGACUAUGCAGAACAUCUUUGAUGGAUAUACCCGAUGGUUGGUUACGUCUGGAUCAUAGACUUGAGGGCAUCAGAAUGUAAAGGAUCUGCACCCUAGUAUUAAAGGACCACGCUAGGCACCCAGACCACUUCAGCUUAAUGAAGUGGUCUGGGUGCCUGGUCCAGCUAGGGUUAACCCAUUUUUUCAUAAACAUGUUUGUGAAUGGGUUAAGCCUUCCCCCUAAUCCUCUAGUGGCUCAUUGACAGCCACUAGAGGCGCUUGCGUGCUUCUCACUGUGAUUUUCACAGUGAGAGCAUGCCAGCGUCCAUAGGAAAGCAUUAUGAAUGCUUUCCUAUGUGACCGGCUGAAUGCGCGCGCAGCUCUUGCCGCGCGUGCGCAUUCAGCCGACGGGGAGGAGAAGAGGAGGAUCGGAGGAGGAGAGCUCUCCGCCCAGCGCUGGAAAAAGGUAAGUUUUAACCCCUUUUCCCCUUCCAGAGCCGGGCGGGAGGGGGACCCUGAGGGUGGGGGCACCCUCAGGGCACUAUAGUGCCAGGAAAACGAGUAUGUUUUCCUGGCACUAUAGUGGUCCUUUAAAUAGGAAGGCUUUAUUUAUAAAUGUGGUAAAAGUUGCAAAUACUUUUGUUUUCCAAAAAAGAAACCACACAUUUGACAAAUAUUGAUAGUAAUAGCCUCAACUUAAAGCUCUUAGUUUUAGUUUAAUUCUAAAUGUACUUUUUUAGAGUUAAAAGCCAAAAGAACAAAAUGUGGGCCACUAUCUUGGCACUUAUGAACUGCUUUGUAGUAUAGAAUGAAAAUGAUAUGUGUACCUGUGUUAUCAAACAUUUAAGCCAGGCUUCCCCAAACUCCGGCCCUCCAGAUGUUGCUGAACUACAGCUGCCAUGAUUCUCAGCCUAUAUAUUUCAUUCAUAGAAUAAUAGGAGUUGUAGUUCAGCAACAUCUGGAGGGCCGGAGUUUGGGGAAGCCUGGUUUAGGCACUUUAAAAUUAUAUCCAUGACAAAUAGAAUUUUUUUUUAACACUUCCGAGGCUGAAAAGUUUUCUCCUAACUCAGACAGUCCUGAUUUCAAUAAUUUACAUAGUAAUCUCUGAGACUGGUUAAAGUUUAACUAUUCUUACAAGCUAUGUUUAUCUACAUCCUUUAGCCCAGUGACCCAUUAGACUUUACUGAUAAUGAUGAGCAGUUCUGAGAGACUGCUAUAUAUGUAUUUUAACUUGGAAAAAUGCUGUAAAAGGCAGGUGAUUGUUUCAUACAUUACUAAUACGUGAUGGCGCAUGGAUUAAUUCGUGCCAAAAUAAUUCCUCGAAAGAGUACAGGACUACGUGGGUUUACACAGUAUGUAUAGACAAAUAGAUGCUAAGCUAAAACUUUAAACCCCAUCUGAUGGUCAUAGAUAGAGUUGACACUGUAAUUGAAAGGUCUUUAACCUUUUUAAAACCCUUAUCAUCAAGUUGAACAAACCAAUGAGGGAUAUUUAUAAAGCAUAACUCUAAAGCAAAGUUCUAAAAGUAGAGCCAUCAGCAGGUACAUUACAUUGGUUUCCACGGAGAUUAUUAAAUUAUUAAAUCUUUGCAGAAUUAAUAAAGAAAUAAAAAUAACCCACUAGAUGUAGACACUAAUAAAGGACAAAUGGAGGAAAACCAAGAGUCAAGAGGAGGAAGAAAUGAAUAUGACCAUCUACUAAGACACUUGGACACACAAUUUGGGAAACUGAGAGAAGAAAUUGCAGACUUUGAAUACACAAAUCCAUGGAAUAGAAGAAAAAUUAAACGGGUUGGAACAAAAGGAAAAAUUCCACAAAGAAGAGCAUCUGGCGCUGGAAAAAAGAAUGGCUGACAUGGAGAACAAAUUGAUAGACCUAGAAGACUGGUCAAGACGGAACAACUUAAGAUUCAGAGGAAUAUCAGAACAAAUUAACGCAAAAAAUCUGGAGUCAUACAUAGAGGAAUUUAUUAAAGAUCUGAAAGUGGAAUGGAACGCCAGAAUCCCUAUGAUGGAGAGAUGCCACAGAGUGAAUAAACCUAAGGGGGUCCCAGACUACCUACCAAGAGAUGUUCUGAUAUGUUACGCCUCUUGUAAAAUUAAGACGCAAAUACUGAGAGCCAUAAGAUGCAACAAAUGCGCAGAAAAAUACGAAACACUGAAAAUAUUUGAGGACUUGCCAUGGUCAACCAGACAAAAGAGGAAGACCUUUACUGAAGGCACAUCAAUCUUGAGAUAAAACAAUAUUAACUAACAAUGGGGGUUCCCCACUAAAAUUCUAAUAACGCAUGAAGGGAAAAUCACUCCCAUUAAUCAUGCAGAUGAUCUAAAAACCUGGCUAACUGAAAAUAAAAUCAGGAAUAGCUCCAAUCACUAGAUAAAAAAAACGCGAAGGUACAAUUUUACUUAAAAUAAAUGGGCACGAGCGGUAUUCAACCUUCAAAGGAGGGAAGACUUAAGAAUUGAUUUGAUAUAAGAAGAUCCAUGGACUAUUUAUAAAACACAGACAUGAAUUCACAAUAGGAUUUAAUUUAUAGGGUGGGGGGUGGGGGGUGGCAGGAUCGGGGUGGGACACUGGAAGUUUAAUAAGAAGCAUAGAAACACUUAUAAAUUUUAGGAGAUAUUUAUGAUGACAAGAGUACCAAGGCCUGAAUCACAGAAGCACGAGCAAAAGAAAAAAAACAAUACCAGGCAGGUACACAUCUGAAAUAUAUAUAAAAAAAAAAAUAAAGAAAUAAAAAGCCUGCAAAAAACAUACAUAUUUCACUUUCUAAAUUAAGCCAUGUAUUAGCCUAUCAGUUUUAAACAAUUUUAUGAAGUGACUGACAAUUUAAAAGUACAAGACGAUAACGUCAAGUUACAUCUUAUAACAAUAUAUAGAAAAAGGAGGUGGACUAAUAAAUUGCCAAUUCUUUUACGGAAAUAAGUCAAAGCAAUGAAAAGUAAACACCUAACAAAACAUAAGAAAGCAAGGCCUCAUAUUGCAAUUGGUGGAGAACAUCUAGAGCUAAAGGUGAUGGAUAGUUGUUGGGGAGUGUGGGAUAAUGCGUUAUAGAGACAUAGAUAAUCUGAUUGCACAGCACUGAGGAAUUUGUUAGCGUUUUAUAACUAAUAAUGAUCAAAUACAUGUGCACACGGAAUGUACUAGAUUUCCCCAGACACUCCCUAAUCAUUCUAGAUGGAUUGGUAACAUUUCCGAAGUACUGAAACCUUUCUAGUUUUACAUUUUUAUGUGAAUUUUCCCUCGUUAUCCAAUACCUCAAGGACUUUUUAUCACCUUGAUCCUCGAUGAAAAGUGUCCAUUUUUACAAAACUUGAUUUGUGACCAGUAUGGGUCUUAUAUGUCUAGAAUUAAAUGCUAAUUAACCUCAUCCAUGCAAAAUUUAGCAAUCACUGUUGAAACCAUAUGGUCCCACUUUUUUAUUGGUUUCCGCUGUAAUUACUUUUAGAACACUACCCCAAAAAUUCAUACAUUUUUUUGUUACACUUGUAUAUAGCUCCAUUAUUAUAUGUUUUAGUUAAAUGGACACUCCAGGCACCCAGACCACUUCUGCCCAUUGGAGUGGUCUGGGUGCCAACUCCCACUACUCUUAACCCUGCAACUGUAAUUAUUGCAGUUUUCAUAAACUGCAAUAUUUACAUAGCAGGGUUAACUCCUCCUCUAGUGGCUGUCUAGAGGGCACUACCGUGUGUAUAGCACACAUUCCGUGUGCUAUAGCGUCGCUGGACGUCCUCACGCUCCAGCGUAGCUGAAAUCCCUAUAGGAAAGCAUUGAAAGCAUGCACAUUAGGUUUCCCCCGCCGGCGGUCACGCAUGCACAAUAGGUCUCCCCCACCGGAUGACGUCGGCGUGGGAGGAGCAUGGGUGGACCCUGAACCAGCGCCAAGGGACAUCGGCGCUGGAUACAGGUAAAUCACUGAAGGGGUUUUAACUCCUUCAGCAACAUGGGAUGGGGGGUGGGAGGGAGAGGGGACCUGCAGUGCCAGGAAAAUGGUUUGUUUUCCUGGCCCUUUAACUAAAAUUGUGGUUUGCUUGGUGACCAUACCAAUAUUGCUGUGUAGACCAAAGCUUUAGAGAUUAGCAAUAUUCACCUAUAUCACAAGCCCUGUCAAUGAGCAUCCUGUAACAUUGUUUGUUCAUUUUGUAUCCACUGUUUGAGUAAAAUUUAAUCUCUGUCUUCAAUAGGAAGUACAUUUGAAGAACGCAAGUCGAGGAAACACAGGAAGCCGCAGCUUCAGGAUUUAAUUCCUGCCACACAGCAUCUUGAAGUAUGAAUGUACCAUCUGCAGGAUACGUUACUGUAACAGAAGAAUCUGAUAAAACAGUGAAGAUUUUACACAUAUCUGAAUCAAUGGGCAUUUUUCCUAUGAACAAUACAAAUGCACAUUCCAAUCUUAGAAUUUCCAGAAACGAAUAUUCCAACUCACAAGGCUGAUUUAAUCCUGUUUAAUCUUUCGCCUGUUUUACAUAUCCUGCACAAACAUUUCUUUUUGAUAGUCUGUGUUCCCAAAAGGUCCAGAAAGUAAUGGCCUUUUGAUGGCUCCAAUUGCACUAAAUUUAAUCAAUGUUCCAUGGAUUCUAGGAGUAUUAUCCAGCAUUGUCCAAGAGAUUUUCUCUAAUUUGCACUUCUAUACAUGCAACAGGCUGUUUAUUUUUCAGUGUCUGAUAACAUUGUUUGCCUGCCCUUCCUAUAUUUGCACAAUUUUUGUCUUUGGCAAAAGAAAAAAAAAGCUUUGAAUUUUUAAGCAUUACUAAAUUCCACAUAAUGUAUUAUGCUAUAGUUAAAAUCUUCCCUUAAAUAUUUUUUCUUAUUUCCUUAAAUAUGGAUUGAUAUAAUGAUAACUUUGAGUGCCACAGAUGCCUGCACUAAAAGGAUUAAAUUAACGUCACGGAUUCCUGUACGUUUUUUUUCUUUAACUACACGUAAAAAAAAGCUAGUUAAAUUUCAAACCAUAUACAUUUUGUUUUCAUUUUUUUAGUACGUCAAAUCUAGUCACUAAUGCAAAUAUAUAAUUUUGGUGUGUAAUGCUGUUAAAUAGUACAAUGGUGCUAUGGUAUCUUGUAAUAAGUGUUGUCGUUAUGAUCUGGUCAAAUAUAAUAACGGGUAAAAGCAAACCCAUCAUGAUAAAUCCUGUCGUGUCUAUAAAACAUAUUUUUAUAUGCACCGCAUUAAGUGUAAAACCAAAAAUCAACAUUAAUAUUAAUAAUUAUUGCAUGUCUAUGGAUUUGGUUUAUUUACCAGUGCUUACUUUUGUACAAUAUUUGGAGACAGAGAAAGAAUUGUAACUUCAUUCUUGGGCUCUUAAUUCUACUGUGUUUAUAUAUCUAUUUCCUCCCUUUGGGAGGACCCUUUCCCUGCCAUAAUGAAAAAGGGGGUCUGUAUCUGAUCUCCUGCGUAGCUUUACAAUGUGUUGACAGCAUUAAAUUUCAUCAAGUGACUCAAAAAGAAGCAGGUUAAUCAAUCUCCUCUUUUGAAAAAAAUAUCAGCAUUUUGAUUUUUUUUAAAAAGCAAACCAAACCCAUACAAAGUCGUAUCCAGUUUUUCUCUAAAAAAAACCUUGAUGCAACUUUUUGUCACAUAUAUAUCCAUUCACUCUGCUAAGAUCACUUUUUGUGGCUAAACUGGAUUAAAGCGAAACUCUGAGCACCAACAUAACUUUAUUGCAUUUGAUAGGCUUUGGCCCAAUAUGCUGUAUUAUCAUGUUCUAAAAUUGUCAUAGUCUUCAUAGUCAUGUUUUGUAGAAUGAACCUGCCUUCCUAGAUUCACUUUCCUAUUUCAGAAAAAUACUUCUUUAUCAGUGUACAUGCUUUAUCACUGACAGCACUGUGGUAGCCGAACUGCUAUAAGCCAGAAUGCUUGUAUUAGAACUAAAGAACGUCCAGAAACACAUAUAGUAACGAUAUCACUACUGUCUUGUGUUAAUCUGGCUGUCUGCAGCUCGAUUUAGGAUUGAAUAAAGCAGCUGCCAAAAAUAAAGGGUUUUAAUGAGGUCAAAAGCAUUCAAAUGGAUUAAAGUUGUGAUAGUUCCUGGAGUGUCAUAUUGAUAAGCUGUUUUUUUCUCCUCAAAUAUGAAAAAGUAUUGUCACCAAAUGAAGUGUAGUUUUAAACCUGUAUUUCUAAUGCUAUAAUGUCCCUUGUCCCUAUUCAGGAAUGUCUCCCGAAGUGCAUUAAAGUUUUUAAAUUUUUCCUAGCGCCUUUUUCUAACUCCUUGCCUCCCGCAAUGUCACAGAGGAGACAUGGCCUCCUCCAUGAUUGUCCAAUCCAAUGCUUCUCAUAGAGAAGCAUUGGGGACCUAAUGCGCAUGUGUGACGAGCGGUGCACACGCAUUCAUACUUCCCCAUUGGAAACCAUCUCUGCGCCAUGUAACCGACUUUUACUCAGUCAGUGCCGUGUUACACGGACAGGGACACAGCACUCAGACCACUUCAUUGACAUAAAGUGGUCUGGGUGAUUAUAUAGUGUUAUUUUAAUCAAGUGUUAGUUUUACAUAGGUUUUCAAAGAUUCUGUACAGUAGUGUUAAAAUAUUUACAUCAUGUGAUUGCAAUUCCAUGUGAAACAAUAUAAUCCUUAGUGAGUUCCACCCAUUUUAGAUGGGGUUCUUUACAUAAAUGUAUCAGUCCUGUGUCUAACCUUUCAUUGAUCUGGGAUGGCUGCAUAGACUACUGUAUUCAGUGUAAAUGUAAAAACAAAGCAAAUUAAUGUCCACCAUUACCUGUGUUCCCAAACCCUAGGGUAAACAAAGACUUUUAGUUAUUAUUAACUAGGACCUUGCCAAUGUCAAGUUUUGUCCUGGAAAUCACAAUUUAUAAAAAUCUCAUUAAUUUAUGAUGGCCUACAGCCUACUCCAUUCAUUGGAUUUUAAACUGUAUUUCAGAAUGCAAUUGCAGUUAUCAUUGAUUGCAAUAACACUACAUCAGGGGUCAGCAACCUACGGCAUGUGUGCCAUGCAUUGCAUUUGAGGUGCCUUUGCACGAACCAUACAGGCUCUGGCCUAUCAGGAGUCCCCAUGUGAGUUCAGAUAUCUGCUACUGCCACCUGAGCGGUGAUUGCAGGUGAUGAGGGACAAUCCUCAGUUUAUGCAUUGUAACACUUAGGGAAAGUGAUUUCAGAUCACUUGAUUCCAGCACUUGUUAAAGGGAAUGUGCACGGAAGUAAAGUAGCCCACAGCAACUAUCAAAGCUCCUGCCCUUGACCAGUACGAGGUCAGCCCAAUCUCCACUGGACCUCAGGGGAGCCACCCAUACUGCUUGAUAUACACAGAGCUGCAGAAGACUCCACCCCUCAUACAAAUAUUACAAACAACCCACACGCAAACACACACAGUGCCCACAAUUACUACACAACAAAAAAUAUACAGACACGCACACAACACCACAAGCACCCACUCACAUGUAAUAUUACAAGCAGCCCCACAUAUACACACACCACUAAACACAAAAUAUGAUAUAUCUUCCAGACACACAAUUCUACAAGCAGCCCCCAUACACAGCACACAUUCAUAGGUUUGAUACACAAUACUACAAACUACUCAUGAACAUAGAGUAUAACAGCCUACAUAUGCACAAAUACGAUGCUACAAAGCAACUACAGCAACCAUAAAUAACACGAGCAGAAUAAGGCAACAUACACACCUCAAUUUACAAAAAUAGGACCGGCACGCCAAGGGACUUCAAGAUUUUGUUUUGGCACAUUACUGCUAAAAGGUUGCCUGCCUCAGCACUGAAUGGUAAUAUUCAGACUCAUUUACAACAAAUCCAACAUAACACAUGGUUAAACAAGGAGGCUACUCCCUGGGAAGGUCUUGUCAUAUAUUUUAAAUUAUUGUUUUAGCCAUGUCCCAAUCAAGUCAUAGCAUACUAUAUAACAGUUUUGUUGUGCUUAACUGGAACAAUAGAUGUCAGUUAGAAGUGGCCUCUAGAGUCAAUUUACGUCAAUUUGUUGAAUCAUGACCUACAUUUCAUAUGCUACUUGAAGAGCAGGAACUUAGAGUGUUAUAUUGUAGAGACACUGCUUGUUCUAGUUAAGUAAUCUGCUAUUUUUUGUAAUUGGAAAAUGAACUUUUCCAUUUUUUUAUUUUUUAUAAAUUCUUUAUUUUUGAUUUUGGUCGUAGGUUGGUAGGGGUGAGGGUUACAAAAUCAGAAAGGGAGGGAGGGUACAAAGUAGGGUAAAUACCGGUACAGUUGCAAUGGUAUCAUCUCGUAACAUACAUCUGUACAUCAGGGUUUUAGGUAAGGUUAAAACAAGCAUUGAGGCACGUCAGGGGCACUUUCAAGGACAGCUUCAUAAUGUUAGCAUUGCUGGUUAGCACAGUUCCCUUAGUCUGGCAAUUCGUUCCCUAAACUCCCAGGCCCGGUUUGUCUAGUGUGCACUGAGGCUGCUGUGCCGCCUUCUCCUGUGUUUUAUUAGUGUUUAGUAGGUCUGGGUUGCUUGUUUUCGUCUAGGCCUAGGAGUCGUCACGUGUUUGCUGUUCUGGGUCUCUGCUAGUGUUGGGGUGAAUGUGCUUCUUUUCGAGUAUGUGGUCGAGCAGGUUUACAGAUCUCUACUGUGCUCGUCGGCUGAACUUUUCCAUUUUAACUUAAGAUUAAAAGGUUUUGAGUUAUAAAAACACUUUAACAACUAUUUCUUGCUCUUAAAAAAAGUCACCAACCACAAACAAAUGAGUGGCCUUGAAUGUUCGAGAAUUGGAGAAUUGUAUUUCCGUUUGCAGGUAAAUUAGUAAAAUAAAACUCUGAGAUCUUCUAUUUGCAUUAAAGUAUGCUAACACUUAAGAAGUCUGGGUUCAAGUUGCAGCAGGUGAUAAUUUUGAUUAAAAAGUUAGAGUAAGAAAGCAUUCCCUGGACCAUUUGCGAUGUGGGAAUACGACUGCAUGACCAGGCUGGGUUAAAGAAUAAAUCAGACCCAGUGAUUAGUAUAUUUUAAAAACAACAAUGUUGGGGGCCAUAUAAGCCCCUUAAGAACACACGACGGAAAUCUUCCGUCACACAGGCCUUUCACUUCUGAAGCUGUGUCGUAAAGGGGAUAAGGUGUAGUAGAGAGGGUCGUUACCGACUUUUCAUGGCAAGAGGGGAAGACAAUACAUAUAAAUGUUUGGUAAACAACAAUACUGAAAGUCCAUUCAUCUCAUUUCUUUUCUAUACAAGUAACUCAUAAGCUCAGAGAAAUCUUAUAUAUCCACAUAUAAAUUCACAUACAAAAAGAUGACUAUUAUAAUUAAUCAAAGGCUUUUAACACAUGAAAAGGUGUAUUCUAUCAUUUUCAUGAUACAAAUUGUGUAGCAGAUUUGCUUUUACCAGUUACUUAUUUGGCCAGGAGUGGUAAAGUGGUGCUAAUGUUUUCUUAAAUGAAGUACUUGACUAAAAUAUAAAAUAAAGCAUAUAAAAUAUAUUUUUUUGAAAUAAGGAACUGCCAACUAUUGUGUAAAUAGGUUGCUUUUUAAAUGUUUCUUUUUUAUGUCGAUUUCUCUUGAACUUUGUGCCAUCUUAAAUUUAAAAAUUGUCAACGUAAUUAUUGUAUUAUUUGGAACCGAAAAUUUGUAAGGUUCGCGGUUUUUAAAAAUUCGGACUGUAAUGUCUUUUUUCAAAACCAAAAGCUGUAAAAAAAGACACUUUUGCCUUUGUUAAUGAUAUUUUAUUUUUUUAUUUAGUGCUGACCAAACUUCCUGCACUUUAUAAGAUUUAUGUGGAGUAUGGUGUGAUUUUGUGGCAAAUUGAUAGACAGAAAAAUAUAUAUGUUAUAAAAACUGAUGUCACUUUUUCUAUUAGCCCUUCAGUGCCUGAAAAUAGCUCAAGAACGCAAAGUGUUUGUAUAAUGUGACUUUUGUUCCAAACUGUAUUGGCUGGCAGAACACUAUGAAACAAUUCCACACAAAUCAUCUUGUUCUUUGGUACCUUGUGAUUUGAUUGUACACAGUAUAUUUUUUCCCAGCUUACAAUAGCUACUCAGCCUUCCGAGGAACAUGUUAGGAACUAAUCAGUAAACUGAAGUACAAUAUAAAUCUAAUUAUUGAGAUAACAUUGUAGCUUAACUUAUUCACAAAAUUCGUUCAUUCAUGAAGAAUUUCAAAUUACGCAAAGUGCAGCUUGUAACUCAAAAUGCUUCUCUGUAUAACUAACUGGAAUUGGGUGGAAAGUUAUCAGAAUUUAACAUUGAUUUAUAAAAUGUGUUUAAGAUACAAAGAAUCAUGAGUAAUUGUCAAACUAUGUCUCCCAACAUCUCGCGAAGCCAAUAAAGGCAUGAGUAAGCCUCACGUGAUGAUGUAAUGUGACAAUAGAUGGAAUGUAUAGGCCCUGGUCCAAACAUGUCAGGAUUGAAAUAUUUAACCCAUUUCCUCUUUACCCACUGCAGAGCUUAUGUCCUCUAGACUUAUAACUAAGUAAAGUUUCAAAGCAUUUCAAUCAACAUCCUCCCAUGCUGUGCAGUCCAUAAAUUCAGAUGAGUAGGGUUAUACAUUUCGUUUAUUAAGCGUGACCACUAUAAACAGCACUCAAUGGCAACACUGAAGACUCAGGUGUAUUGUUAAGUGAGAUUUAUACACAGAUGCACACUUGUAAUAGUUUAAUGAAUAAGAUCAAUAUUUCUUCUUGGUUGAAAAGAAUAAAUUCAAUCUCCCACAAGUUAAAUAAAGAAAUACUAUAUCUACAG